AUGUUAGUCCACACCUAUUCCGCCAUGGUGAGUUGGCUCUGUGUUGUGAUUUAAAAUUGCCCUGUUCUCUCUCCCUCUCCCUCUCUCUCUCAGUCCCUCUCUCCCCCUCUCUCUUUCUUCCUUUCUCUCUUUGAACGCCUUUGGCUUGGUAAUUUAGCACAAUAAUUGGAGGAAGCUCGCAGCUGCUUCUUCGGUUUUGCAUUGUGUUCUCGGUCUGAGCUAGGGGGGUGAGGAGGGGGGCAGAGUGAGGGGAAACUUUUUAUAAAAAAAAAAUUGCUGUCGGGGAUUUGAACGACUUUUUUCUGGAAUAGAUUUUGUGCGUGUAUGUGUGUGUGUGUAAAAUCACAGCUUCACUUCGAAUAUAGAAUCCAGGAUUCAGAAGAAUAUUGAUUUGGAUUGUGACUCUUUUUUUUUUUUUAAUGUAAAUAGUGUUUUGUUUUUUACAAAAACUUUUAUUCAUUAUAACGCCCAAAACAUUUUUGUUAAUUUUCUUUUUACAGGCGUGAAUCAAAUAUUAGAAAAAUAUUAAUAAAUUAUGUUCUGAAGGCCCCCGCUUCACUGGCUUAAUCCUAACUUUUUUCCUCCGAUUUUGAGAUCGAUUUUAAUAGGAGAAAUGUUGUUUCAUAUUAUUUUCCAUACAAUCUUCCAGAACGAACCUAGAAUCGUAUCUUUCCAGUUCUGCCACGGACAAACGAGUGGGCGGCUUGUUCAUUUGUUUUCAUCAAAAGCUCUUCCUAAAGCGAUACAGUGUUGAAUAAAUGUAUAUUUGUUCGUGCUCUUGCGAGAUUAUUCGUGGGGAAGAACCAUGGAAUGGGUGGAGAAAUUCACCCCAGUCCUUCGUGGUAGAGCUAAGGGGUUUUUAAUUCCUCCACUCUCUUUUAAAACCAGACUUUUUAUUUCAUUUAUUUUUGCCAUUGUCGCUUGCAGUCAAGAAGUUCAUGGGAAGUUUGGGAACUUAAGAAAAGGAGACAGGAGUUAUUCUUCCGUUUUCCUAAUUUGUUGAUUUAUCAUUCUGCUUUCAAUUAUACACAAACCAUACCAGAAGCUUUAAGAAACGCCGGGCAGCCUCUUCGCCGCUGAAAACAAGCGGUGCCGAGGGGUGAUUAAUCUGAACAGGAGCCGUUUUGAUAGGCACCUUUUAAACUGUAUUUUUUGAGAAUAAUAAAUUGGGUGUUAAAAUCCCUUUCCCAAUUUCUCUCUCUCUCUCUCUCCUCUCUCUUUUCUCCUUCCUCUCCCCUCCCUCCGGUUGUCCACCUUCCAGGACCGCCACGAUGGCGUGCCCAGUCACAGCUCUCGGCUGUCCCAGCUGGGCUCGGUCUCGCAGGGACCCUACUCGAGCGCCCCUCCGCUGUCUCACACCCCGUCCUCGGACUUCCAGCCGCCCUACUUCCCACCGCCCUACCAGCCGCUUCCCUAUCACCAGAGCCAGGACCCUUACUCCCAUGUCAAUGACCCCUACUCCCUGAACCCUCUGCACCAGCCCCAGCAGCACCCUUGGGGGCAGAGACAGAGGCAGGAGGUGGGCUCGGAGACCGGCUCGCUGCUGCCCCAGCCGCGGGCGUCGCUGCCUCAGCUCUCGGGACUGGACCCCAGGCGGGACUACCACUCGGUCAGGCGGCCAGACGUCCUGCUCCACUCGGCUCACCACGGCCUGGACUCCGGCAUGGGCGACGCGCUUUCUCUCCACGGCAUCGGGCACCCGGGGAUGGAGGACGUCCAGGUAAUGCACUCGGGAAGGAGCACGCAGCUCCCACGCACACAGGCGGGGGGCGCGGGCGGGGGGCGCGCGCGGAUGCCUUCCAGCGCUGGAAGUUUUGCUGUGCUAUAGAACCUUUCCCAGGAUCAUUGCGAAUGUGAUCGACCUCCGCUCAAGGUCUGUUUUGGAAUAGUGCGCCCCCCCCAACCCCAGGAGGCUUGCAUGUUUAGCAAUCUCUGGGGCUUUUGUUUUCUGGAAGACGGAACACACCCAGAGUUUAUUCCACUCCUUUCUAUCUCUGGUAAUACGUUCCCGGCUGCUUCAAAGGACUUGAAACAAACUCUGUCUUGCAACUUCCCUCAGUGUUGCUUGGAAGUCAAUGAGUUGUGAGCUGCAGCCAUCAAUGAUCAGCUGAAGGUUGCAGCCCCAAGCUGCCAGAGGCAGCGAGAGACAGACUUCUCUGGGAUGAAAGUCCCACCGAAAUCAAUGGAAUUUAUUUCCGUGUAGACCGCAAGGGGGGCAGCUGGGGGAGCCCCAAGAACUUCGAUGGAAGUCGUGUGAGUUCCCAGGAUACGCACCCCGCCCUCCUCGUUGCAAAAGUUGAAGAAAAUUUCAGAGACAUGUGCUAGGCAGAAAGUUGGAAAUAAAUCCACGCACACAAUGCACUGCUCUAGAUUUUAUUUUAUUUUAUUUUAUUUUAUUUUAUUUUAUUAAUAAUACUAAAUACUAAACUAAAAUACUAAACAUGUGUUUCAGAGAACUGGAUGACGCGCUAAAUUUCUUUUCUCCUCCAGUUCGACAGUCAAACGAUCAAGGGCUACUUUUUUGUUUAAGACAAAAGCCUCGCACAGUGUCUUGAAAAGAGGUGGCAGUGGCCUAUAGGAUUAGUUAUUUGGGGGGCUACAUUCUCUUCCGGCGGGUGGGCGUUCUUUUCUGCAGAUGCCAUCGUUUCUACUAGUGCAUUUAUUUUAUUUUGCACUGAAGACAGAUCCUCUGAACACAGAGUUAUCUCUGUCGUGAACCUACGUGAUUUCUGAAUUUAUUCCAAGAGAACUUAACUCUAAUCAACGAUUUUUCAUUAUAGGAAAUAAUGACAGUACAGAAAUUGCUCCAGAACGAAGUAAUUGUUAGUAUAUAGAUUGAACGAAAUCCGUUGGGUGUUUCGUUAGGAACUCCCCAAUUGCACGAAAGCAUGAUGGAGCAGAGAGGGUUAAAACGCAUCUGAUUAUUUUGGGCGGUUUGCGUUUAUUGACAGCCUUUAUGAACUAAGGCAGAGGGGGGCGUCAGAUUCCGCGCGCAUCAAGCGUUUAUGUGCAUGACGCAAACGAUCCGGAGGAGGAGAGGGACUUGGCAGGCCCGAUCCUGCGCUUUUCACUUAAACGACUCUCCCUCCAAAUACGGUCACUGAGGGGGCAGAAUGUAUGAGUUUGUGUCCAGUGACCAAGGGAGAGCGAAUUAGAGGAUCUGGGCUGAAUGGAGAAAUUUCAUGGCAACUCGGGGCAAAUCGCUCAGCUAUGUGAAAACAAAGGAAAAAUGCAGAGCAUCAGUCAUAGGAAAGGUUAUGGCCCAAGUUUUAGCUGAAGAAAAUGUGCUAGGUGUGCGGAUUGUUUUGUUCCAAAACAAACCUAGGCUAGGAACCAGCUGCCUUGAAAGCGCCUAAGAGGCAACAGCUAUUCUGAGUUAUGAAUCUUGUGAGUAAUGUGCAGUUUUUGGGAGACAGAAAAAGGCAGGUGGAGCAGGAGCAAGCGACCCUGAUGGGGAUGAACUUUGUGCUAUUUGAAAUGCAUUUGCUUCUAAGCGAGAGAGAGAGGGAGGAAUUGUCCAAUCUCCUUCCAUUAUAACUUACUCUUAUUUGGGAUGGGGGAUACACCAUAGAAUUCAUUCUAAACUUUGUAAGAAUAAUCCAGUUUACCUUGUACACAAAUCCAGAAGUUUACAAAAAAUCACACGCAUCGGUUUAAUUCAGUUUCUCGAAUAACAAGAAAAGGGUUAUGCAGAGGGGAAACGGUGCCUGCGUCCCCGCCUCCCAAUUUCUUAAGCUGUCUGGACAGAAAUGUGGUUGACUGUAACAGGGGGGAAAUAAGGCAAGUAGAGAAAGAAAGAAAUUGGGGAGAAAAUAUAUAAUUAUAGAACUACAAACCGAAGCCAUGUGUAAUCCAUUGUUCAUGGACAGAAUGAAGCGUUUCUUGUAACUGGAGAGUUUUCUGUUGCAGUGCUGUAAACAUGUUGCUGUCCUUGGGAGCGUUAAAUUCUGCACUUGGUCACGUGCGGCCCGAUUCUAUGGGUGUUUGCUCUGAAGCAAGUAAAUGGUCCUCAAGAGAGGAGCCACGCAAAGGGUAGAGCAUGUGGGCGGGCAAUUGAUGCAGUUCACAACUUUUACAUGAACACCUCUCUAGUAAAGGGAGGGAGCGUGCCACCUCCGUCAUAAGGAAUGACUAACUAUAUGGGAAGAUUUCCAGACUGUCCUUAAAAGUUCAGCCUGCUCAUAUUUUCUGGGAAGUUCUGCUGAAAUCAGUAGGGCUUGACUUCCAAGGGGAAGUGUUUAGGAUCUAGGGACCAGUGACUGAAGGCAGGGGUGCCAGGGUAGCUGAAUAGUGAGUGGAUGCUGGUAACCUUUGUCUACUGCAAAGAUUUAUUUAGGAAGAUGGGGGAUCCAUCAAACUGCGUGGGCGUUCUUCCAAAUCCUGGCACAGUUAGGCAGUUUUAAGUCCCUUUGACUUCAGUGCGAGGGGUGAGAGUACAUCUUUGCAUCAAUCCCACUGGAAUCAGCAGAAGUUCUGCUUAAUUGUAGCUGGAUCGUAGGUGUAUAUAUUGUUAAAGGGCGCGCAAGAGUGCUCAAUAAAUCCAUUUCCUCUUAAGUAAUCCUAUUAGAUGUGAAUGUUAUGGAAUAAGUGAAGAAUGUUCUGCGACGUAUAUUCUUAAUGGCAUGUUUGGAAAGGUUGCACAUCUUAGCGUGCGAGUCUACAUAAAAUUGAUAUCUGGCUUAUUUGAAUUAAUGGAAUCUACUAGAGCUAAAUAGAUACGUCUACGAAAUUUUGAUUCUUCGUUUCCUUGGUGAUGCAUUUCCUUGAUAAAUAGCACCAUUGAGAAACUAUUUCCUCAGAAAUACUUUAUGAAUUAUUAGCAGUCAUUAUCUAUUAUUAGAGCGAGGAUACUUUAAUUUGGUACGUUCUGUGUACAUGUGCAAUUAAUGUGUACCGCAGUGUAACUAAGGUAUCAGGUGGAUGAUAAGAAAUUUGUUUCUUCUUAAUGUCCUUAAUAAAUUAAGAUUAGACAGAGAGAUCGAUGAAGAAAUAGUUAUGAUAUAUUCACGGCUGUAUGCCAUUAAUAUGUCUGCAGUUGCUCCCUAUCUUUAAUUGAAACUCGAGUAUUCGUGAUACCAAGUAUGAUAUAUUGCAGCGCUUUAUUUUUCAUCCCCAGUAAUAUAUUACGGGUUAAUAUUUGAUGUAAUGUUUUCUUGAAAUACCUUAUUCUUCUCUCAUUAAGCACAUCAGUUCAGGUGUUCGCAGGCGAGCAAACUCACAGUCCAGGGAAUCCAAAGUAUUCGGAUUUAUGCAGUUUAAACGCUGCUAUCGUAAAUCAAACUGAAAUCAACCAGAAUUGCUUACAAAGUCGUGUUACUCAGAACAGGGGUGCUUCGCUUGGAAUUGGUGGCUCUGAAGCCUUUUCAAUAAGAUUGCUUCGGCUUAACUGGUUUCUAUAUGAGAUUUGCUUCAGGGUUUAAGAUUCAAAACUACUCUUCCUCGCAGCAAUCCUGAAGGCAAUCCUGUAUCUUCUUACGCAUCUGUGCGCAGAAGCCAGCCCCUUGAGUUUAGCGGGACUUUUCCAGUUAAGUAAGAGCACGCAGGCAGAAUUACAUGGAAACCGGUCCCAUUGUUAAUGGACGGGACUGACUUCCGAGGCACCUAUUAAAAGCCGAUCACGGUCUCGCUGAAAUCAAUGCGCAUUCGUUCCCGGUAAAUCCCUUUCGAACUGAAGUGAGACCUGCACUGCUAGGCUUUUCUUCCUUCCCACCCCCUCCAUUUAUUGCUCUCGGUAUGUCGGGCGGCGAUUGGAAAGUGUUAGCUUUUUUUAAUUUAAAAUAAAUAAAUAAAUGUGUGCAGUUUAUAGCGGGGAAUGUCCAAGACUGAAUUCCACCCCCACCGUCUCUUCUGAGAGGCGCUGGGGAUCCAAAGUUAACUUUGCACCCAUGCAAAGUAACCCCUGGUAUCACUUUUAACUAAAGAAGUCUAGUAAUUAAAAGUCUGAGUUGUGUGUGAGUGUGCGUGUGCGUGUUUCCGCAUGCAGUCCUAAUUAAAUCUUUACGAUCCUCUCUGUGACUAUUAACUGCCAGCAUGCUGCGCGAAUAUCCUGUACAAAAACCCAGCAGGCGGCCGUAAUUAGAUCGAAAAUCAGACAAGACUCUUCUCAUUAACUACAACAGCUCAGGCGCGCUGCUGAUGAGGAGGCGAGCAGCGGAGGGUGCGAGGAACAGGUUUCCAGGAGGAGCCCCGCCACCGCCAUCACCACCGCCACCACCCACCGCGCCUCCCAGGAACUGCGCCCCUAGAGCACAGGCACGCCCUUCGGGGGCACUUAAUCCGGAUCAACGCCAAGCCCACCCCUUUACCUGAGCGAAAGAGGAUUAGAAUCCCCAUCCCUUGCAAGAGCUGCAGAUGAGCACCAGGGGGUGGGCGCUGCCUCCAAUGUUCUGCUCGCAAGCUUCCCAGCGAGACUCAAGCAUGGCCACUUUUUUGGGGGGAGGGUGUGUGUUCUUAGACGUCCAGUCGGGGUUGUUCAGGUGGGGAAGAACCGUUCCGAGCUAAUUAUUUUUUGUUUAGGGAUUAGAGGCUUGUGACACCCUUCCCUUGCCCCCAAUAAGGACGGAGAACAUGCCCCGGCAGGUAUUUAUUCCCUCUGGUUGCGUCUGUAAGGUGAGAGACGCGGUCCAGCCGCUCGCUCUUUUACAGAGCCAUCCUCGACGCGUUUUACUUUGAAGUAAAGGCACUGAACACGAAGCGAGAUUUAUGCCCGAGUAAGCGUGCGUAGGCUUGCCGCUUGGAAAGGGGGCGAAAGGAAGAAGCAGGACUCUCCUUUUGUCUAGUGCUCUGUCCUGCGGCUAUUUUUGAAGCUGAGGGCUAGCGGACGCUUCUCUGGCAAGCUCUCGGUGCCAUGACCAUUCGCGAGGACCCUAAUUCCAAGCAAACGCGCUUAGCACUAGAGUCAGAGUGGCUGGCAAGAGACCGCUUGACCCAGUUACGCAGAAGCCCUUGAAUGAAAUCCUUCGCUGAGGCCAUCUUCAGCAGAAGAGUCGGAAAUGUUUGUUUGUUAGGUCCGUCACUGUUGCUUAGGGAUAGAGUGCCCUGUUCGCUCUAGACACCCUAGCCUAGACUCAACAAGGCCUCAUUGGGAGAGCAAGUGAAAUCAUCGAGUUAGGCAGCAUCAGCUCCGUUGAAUUCAAUAGGUCAUACAUCCGAGUAGACCUGGGCAGGACUGCGCUGGUAAAACUUUGGGGGAAACACCGGUAUUUAAACCCAGGCUCUGUGAAGUGGGAGGGAGAGAAUGCAGGGAGGCAACCUCAGCCCAGUUUUGCUAUACGUUUUAUAUGAAAUGAUGCAAAUUUAUUUUCUUUCAUUUGUCUUGGAAACCUAAUGGUUUUUGUUCGUCUGAGUAACGGUGAAGGAGGGGGAGGAAUCCUCUUCCUUCAUAAGGAGUUUGAAACGCCUUAUAGGACUCCCUUUAUUCCAUGGACUGACGUGUAGGUGCGCAUAACGGUAGCUGUGAUGAGGAGGAACUGCUCUGCUUCUUUGAAGAUUAUGACAAUAUUUCCACUUACUAAGACUUACUGGGGUUGGGCAACAGGUGAAAUUAUCUUCAGUGGGGUGGGGGAAUAAAGGCUGCACCUCUAUGCAUGCUAACUGGGAAGGAAAUCCCAUUAAACUGAGGCCCAUCUUUCAUAAUACAGAGGACAAAGUCGGAGGCCUGGUCGUGUCUUGGACCGUACCACUUCAGGCUGCCGGGGGGGGGGGGGGCUGGCUGUGUUCCUAUCCUGAAGAGCAAUUCCCGCAGAUAAAUCUGUGCAGUGGAGAAGGAUUCCAAGGUAGUCGUCUCCCCGCUGUGCUAGUUUUCUACGUCCGGGGACUUUUUCUAAUGAAGGGACUUUAACCAUGCGGCACACCGCUACCACCUGUUGCCCUAAAGAGGUAUGGUCCAAACACGGAUUUGGCACUCUUAUUCCAGAGAACCAGGCUUCCGAGCAAGCAGUAAGCAAAACCCAAGCUUUUCUCCCCUUUGAGACCUAAUCGGAUCAUGCAGCCACGCAAUACAAGAGCCUUCUGCAGUACCUCCUCCGUGUCCAACCAUGCUCGCUCCUGGUCCAAAAGAUUGUAUUUUUUAGUUGAAGACAGACGUGCCAUGAUUACAGGUGUGGCUCCUAGAUCAUAGCGGGAAGGAGAAGGCUAGAGGGCCAUAAAAAAAAUUGGCUUCGGUAGACAAUCUAUUUUAAUCGCUUAUCAGAGUAUCAGUAAGUUGUUGUUCCCCGCCCCAUCUUCGUUUUCUCCCCCCUCCCCAAUAUAUGGAAAUAAAUGCGAGUUGCCCUUCUCCCCCUGCACCGGUAAGGAAGUUGUUCCAACAGAAGAUAUUGAAAGCGAAGAUAUUGACAGCGUGGGCUUUAAAUUAAACUUACUAUGUGCUUUACUGAUGGCGCUCAUCCUUUACUUAAACUGGCAACCUAAAGCACGCUUACUCGGAAGUAAGCCCGAUUGGGUUCAGUAACAUUUACUUAUAAGUAAACAUCUAAGAUCGGGUUGUUUCGAGAUCGUCGACUUGGCUAAGAGAGUGUGCAUUCCUAAAUUCCAAGCUAACUCGCACAGAAUUAUUAUAUCGUGAAUGUGCCCUAUUUCAAAUGGUCUUAUUGUCUAACUAGGGCAAAUAAAGGAAUUUUUAAAAGCUUAAAGGAAUAAAGUCGGUGUAUUAUUUAGCUCUUUUUUUUUUUAAGCAAUAAAGAAGAAAAAGAAGCCCAGGUGUUUUGCACCUCUUUCUAUUAGAUCCGCUAAUCUGGGAGCGCUUCAUUGCCCUGUCGAUUUAAUAAGGAACGCCUCUCUUUCCCUAGUGAAUUAAUAUAAAUGGUAAUAACAGGAAUUCCAGAUCCUGGGCUGACGUGAUGUCGUGCGCGCGCGUGAGUGCAUAUGUUUAUACCUACGUGUACGUUGUACUCUGCCGGCCAGUCAAUUUGAAUAGUGAUACCCCCUCCCCUUCUUUUUUGUAUUCAUAGUCAGUAGAAGAUGCCAAUAACAGCGGCAUGAACUUGUUGGACCAGUCUGUCAUCAAAAAAGGUAUGGAAAACAUUUCAAUACUGUGUGUACGCGCGCGUAUGUGUGGCAUUUGUUUCACAGUUUGGGGACAAUCGAUAGUCCUUCCAAGUAAUGAAUAUCCUUUUUCUACCUACUUGGAAGUACUUAUUCCACUGGGGCUUACUCCCGAGUAAACGCGGAUAGGAUUGAAUUGCACGUUUCACGUGGAAGAGACAAGAAUACGUCAGUAGAAACAAAGAGAACGGAGGGAUUAAUAAAGGCAGAUUUUUAUAAGGAGGGAGGGUAACGGAAGCAAAACUCCCUACUGAUCAUGUGGACCACACUUGUAAUCAAUGAAAUUUGCUUCCUGGGAACCACAGCUGUGAUCCUAAGAACACGUCAUGAGCCUAGGAAUGUGCCUGGGAAGCAACCAGUUUAAUUGCGCAAUGGGGCUUGUUCUCCAGUAUGUCUACGAAGAAUCCUAGCCUCGAGCUCUGUGCACAUUAAGUUGGGAGUGAGCCCCAUUGUAGCCAUCGAAACUUCCGUCCCGGUAAGCAUUCAUAAGACCUGACUGUUGAUUGGCUGUAUCUCUGAAAUUUCAUGGAACCACUUAGUAGGCAAACGUUUUGAGGAUUGUGAUGUAAAAGCGGAAUGAACGGAUCUUGCAUCUAAGUGAGGUUACUUCCCUUGGUGUGGGAAUGAAAGGUUUCCUAAUUCUGGAAUGUAUCUCCCCUCCUCCACUCAGAAAGGGAAAGUCCAGUUGUGAAGCGGCCGCAAAUCAUUUCAUAGCUUCCACCCCCCACGUCAAUUCUCCUUUUGCGUAGAACAAUGGCUCUGGCUAAAUAACAAAUUUCCCAUGAUCCUUGGCGGUUGCGAUUCGGGCCCCUUGUUUAUAUUGCCUCCAUGCUGCUUGCCCAAUGACAGCCUUGAUUUUUAGGCUGAGCCUUAUGCACAAUUCACUUGGGAGUAAGUCUCAUUGAACCCAGCGGACAACUCCUGAGUAAACGUGCACGGGUGUGGCAAGAGCGUGGUUGUAAGGGGUUUUCCCAGCUUGUGGACACACACACACACACACACACGCACGCACGCCUGUCCUUCGGGAAAACAUGGGAUGGGGAGGGUUACGAAUCGCACAUGCUCCAUUAAAAAACAAAUCUACACAUGCAUACAUGAUUUAGUGUAAGUGUAGCUUCGCCCCAUACUGUUAGAGGGAAUGUGAUAUUAACAAAUGUUUGCAAUCUCUUGUACAGCUGUAAGCAAAAUAAUUAACUAAUUAAACUAAUUAAAUGUAAUUACAAUAACUCAUUUUGGGCGUAUUGCAGCUGCUUCACCCUUUCCCCAGCUUCCCCCGCCCCCCGUUUGAAUUUCCCUGACAGACUCUUGAAAACGUGGGACGAUUACGGCGAUAAGGCAAUAGACAUUGAGCAGACCCUACUCAACGAAGAGAGGGGUACUAGAUUUAAUGAUCUCCGGAAUUACUAUUGCUAGAUCCAGUUCUGAACUGCGCAGGAUGGGCGUGGUAGCACUGGCUCUUCGGCGUCCUAAAUGGCAGCCCCAAUUGCCGGGGCUCGCCUUACUAUUAAGAACCACUCCGGCGAGCUCCCUAACAAAGCUCCCCCAGCUCUGAGCGGAAAGGAAACAGAAAGCUGUCUUAGACUCCGAUUUUGAGAGUUCCUCUGAAACUCAAGGCUCCCGUCCCAAAAUCUGCUUCUAUAAUCAAGGGAAAGGCGGCUUAAGGAACUAAGUUUAGGAGGAACUAUUUACAUGUGCUGAACGUGGUAUCCCACUGAAGAAAGCUGAAUGGAAAGGACGUGAUUUGUUUCCUUAAAAUCAAAUCUGUGUGGCUCCAAGGUAGAGGUGGAUUAGCGGCGGAGAGAAGAGCUUCGGGCCCUGUAAUUUCUGCUGCUUUCAUCAUGAUGCAAGGCUGCGUGGGGGCGCAGCUCCCCAGCAUAGGAGCCAACUCUUAGGGGCUUCAGCCCCCACAAUAAAAUAUUUGAGGGCGCCGGGCCCCCACAAAGUUGAUGGGCAUUCCCAUUCAAAUGGUGUGCGCGCACUGCAUUAUAUGAUCGAUUAUGUGGGGCGAGGCUUAGCUGGGCCCCCACAAUAUUUUAUUCAAGUUGGCACCCCUGCUCCCCAGUAAGUCAAAAGCCCGAUGGGACGGGAUCCUACUGGUUUUAGUGCAGGUGAUAUAGAACUCGGCUCCACAGAUGCGGGCGGGACCUGCUCCCGAGUAAACGUCCAUAGAAUUACUGCUGCCUUUAUGGGAAAUCCUAAACUGGAAUGAAGCGAAAAGGAAGGGCACAGUUCUGCUCAUGUUUUCAGGUGGCACUUAGGAGCAGAGCAGGCAGCCCUCUUCAGCUGACUGGCUUGGGCAGGAAAGGUAGAUUGCACGUAGAUUGGUCUGCCACCAUGGAGCUCAUAAGCGCGUUGCUUUUUCUCAGGUCCUCUUCGUUAACUGAUAGCCCAGCUUCGAAAACGUGGCCUCAGCCUUGGCGCACUUUGCGGGAGCAGGGUACUUGCCAGGGUACUUGCCCCCUUCAGCCCGUGCGCUCUUCCGUUGCCUUGAAUGGCAGUAGGAUCUCUCCUGGGUUGCACCGUUACAGCCCAGUCUUAUAGCACAAGUCUCUUCCGAAGUCAGAGUACUUAUUAAUAACUUUCUCGGGAGGGAAGUAACUGCAUAUUUUAUAGAACGGCGUCGUAUAAAUUUCGAUAAUGAGCAAGCCAAUCAAUUUAAGGCCGCGGCGCUAAACAACCGAAGCCAAUGAAACAACUAAGUAAAUGUGAUUGAGGUUGAGGGAUGAGGAUGAGACUAUAUAUCCUCCAAAUGUUGUUGGAUUCCCUUUCGCAUCGGCCCCAGCCAGCAUGGCCAAUGUCUAGAGAUGAUCAUCAUCAUUUAUGACUUGUACCGCUGCGAAUUGGAGUCCGGCGCAUCCGCGGACACCACGUUGACAACCCCGGCUACUGUCGCCUUUUGCUAGCGAAGUCAGUCCAGUCGAACUCAGUCCUAAGGAGUCCUUCCCUCCUGCCCCGGUGUGUGUGUGUGCUGCAUAAUAUUGUCUAACAAAUCUCUCUACAUAGGAGCCAACUCCUAGAGGUCAAGGAGUAUUUGCCCCCUGCCCCCCAAGUUGAUUGGCAUUGCUUUUCAAAUGGUGUGGUGCACCGCGUCAUGUGAUCGAUUACGCAGGGCGGGGCUUACCUGCCCGCCCCAUAUAUUUUAUUCAAGUUGAUUACUCGUAGCACGAUCUUAAGUAUUUUUGGUUAUAUUGCCUUCCUUGUCACCUCUACUGAGAAGUGAGCUUCUUGAGUUCAAUAGGGCUUACUCUCAGGUAAGUUAUAUAGGAUUGCAAGCAUAGAUGCCAAUUGUAUAGUAUGCAGACUCCGCUAACCCAGAAAUAUCACCUCUGGUUAAGAACUUUGGUUCAGGAUGAGAACAGAAAUCGUGCUCUGGCGGCGCAGCUGCAGCAGGAGGCCCCAUUAGCUAAAGUGGUGCUUCAGGUUAAGAACAGUUUCAGGUUAAGAACAGACCUCCAGAACGAAUUAAGUUCUUAACCAGAGGUACAACUGUAUAAAGGAGUGGGGUAUCUGUUCCAUUGGAAGCCAUAGUAACUGCGUUAGAAUCACUGCCCAGAAUCGCAUUCACUACUCUUAGAAGAGCGUCCUGUUUUUAAAAUCAGAUGUGUGGACGACUCCCCACACCUUCUGCACACACAAUUCAAAAGUCUUGGGAAUUCAAUGUUUUCCUUCCAGUGAGCCUUGUCUGAAAUCCCUUUCGAGAAAUAUGGCUGGACAGGUUUCUAGUAGCAAAACAACGAAAGGCCUAGGGGCAUCUGUGGCUGCCUGUCCUUAAGCAGAUCCUGGGAAGAGGGAAGCUGCAGGGGCCGCGAGGUGUUUGCGCAGAUAGUUGCAGGAUCUGUGGCAGGGAGACGGCCGCUCUCUUUCUUCUGGCUGGAACCUAAUGCCAAAGGGAUGUAUCGUUGCAGCUGCAACCCUCUCUGCUACGUGUGAACGGAUAGAAAAGUGGAGUGACGCUUCCUAUUUCACACAGAGCGGUGCCCAUUUUUCUAGGCAAAAAUAUCCCAGUGACAAAGGAGAUGCGAUAUGGAGAUAAAUUAUCAACACAUUCAGCUCAUCCCUUAGCGCCCAUGUCUUACGAUCUUUGAGGCCUAUGAAAGUAAUGGCGAUAUCUGUCAUCUUUUAUUGCCACGCUGGUCCCAGUGUGUGACACUCCCCCCCUUUUUUUUUCUUAGCGUGAGAGGGAGGAGAGGAAAGACUACACGGUAACCCUCUUCAUUCCCUCUAGUCGUCUGUUUAAAACCUUGGUACCAACCAGAAUAAAAUUCAGUUCAUAUCUCCAUCUUGCACACAUCCGGCUGGUGGCAAGCUCCACUGGAACUGGGUGGCUGAGAGAGGAGGUUUGCAUGUGCGUGCUUGAUUCUGAACUGCUGGGAGGCCUGGUGGAAGAAGCCCCUGCAGAGAAAUGGCGCAUCUCUCCCGCAAACACGCAGUUCCGUUUCAAUUCAGACAGUUCACACGUGCAGCUGCAAUAAUAAUAAUUUAUUAUUUCUAUGCCGCCCAUCUGACUGGGUUGCCUCAGCCACUCUGGGCAGUUCCCAACAACAAACAGUAAAAGCUCAAUACAACACACACUAAAAACUUCCCUGAACAGGGCUGCAAGGCAAAAAGCGUGGCGUGAAUAAUCAAGCAAUGUAUUUGAACGAAUGAAUCAGUCCUCAAUACCCAAUAAACCUGUUUUCGGAUCUGGGUGCGAAACUCUCUGCCUGCCUGCAUGUCCAGUUUCUUUUGAGGCAGUAGCAGCGGCAGCAAAAACCAAACCUGACCUGCGUGUGCCGUCGAGCCUCUGUUGUAUUACGUACUUCAGAGUCCGAUGGCUGGUUCUGCUGAAGGCCCCAUGAAUUUAAUUUAAUUUGCAAUCCUAACCCCGUUUGCCCGGCUGUAUUCAGUAGGAAGUAGUAGACAUCCUUCGCUUCCAUAGGGACUUCAGCCUUAAGCAAACUUACUAGAGCGCGAAUCCCACUGAGUUUAGUAGGAGCUUACUUUGUAGUAAAAGUGCAUUGGGUCGAAUUGUUAAUUUAAUCUAGGACUACUUUUCAUAGUCAAGUUCUGUCUUCCUCGCGUGUCGUCUUUUAAUUGUUUAUUUUUAUUUCGUCCUUGCUUCCUUCUCCAUCUACUAAUCUUGAACUGAAGUAAACAGAUGGGUUGUCUAUACUCCUCUCUCUCCCCCCGACCUCGCUGUUUCCUGGCUGAGGCGCUUGACUCCGUCGCAGAAACACAAUAUGUUGUGAGCUGCACACUGUCUCCCUCCCUCCCUCCCUCCCUCUUCUCUCGUUAUGUUUGCGAUCUGGGCUUCCUUGACAUUUCUGAGGUAAUUUAGUUAAGAGGAAAUGAGUUGUUCCCAGUAGAGAGAGCAAACGAGUGGAGUGGAGGUAGCCAGCGUGAUAAAUGGCUCUUUCAUUUGGAGAUCUCCAGAGCUCGUUUAAGGCUAAUUUUCUGUAUUAGCCCCCUUUGAGCUAUUAAUGCAAUAGGCAGGGACCGUGGCCCCUUGUCUCUGAGCUGCCCCAUUAGAGGCAGCAUUAAGCUGCCAAGCCGGAUCUCCGUUGCUGGGGUGCUGGUGAGGCUAUAAUGAAAGGUGCUUUUUGCAAAAAAAAAGGAAAAGAAAAGAAAAGACAAAAAUGAAGAAAACGGGGGGAGGGAGAAGCAGUUCCUAAUCUAAAGUGGCAGAGGGUGGUUAAUACGAUUUGAAGGGGGCUGGUCAAUGAGCAAUCAAUAAAGUAAUAAUGAGAGGGAUGCGCUACAUUAACAGGCUAAAAAUCCAACGAGACAUUAAAAAAUCAUUCGUAACUCUUAUUUCCAUUAAGGCAGGCGGAGGGGGGCGGCGGCGGCAGUCCCAGCUUUAGAGAGCAGUAAACGCAAAGGGUGACAACGCCGAAUCCCCUCCACGAAAGUGGAGUUUGGGAUUCCGUCGCGCCCUGCGAUGUUCUGCAGUCAAACCCUCAGCAGAAAACCCUGUUGCUAACGAAGGGAGGCCUUCCCAAGUCACACACUUCGGGACUGCAGCUUUUGCGACCGGCGCGUUUGCACAUUGAGCGAAUUGAUGGCAGCCCCUCCCACCCUCAGAGGUGAAAUGCGAAUUGGAGGCCAUUCAAGUCCAACUCUACAACAAGCAACCCUGGAACACCCCUGAGCAAACUUCACCACGUCUUUUAACUUGUUUUACUUUAUAGCGAACCUAAUUGUUUCUCAGUAGAGCUUACUUCUGAUUUGGAGACUACUUCCAUAAGGUUAAGAGUAACUAAGCAUUGCAGAGGGUUGGACUAAAUGACCCUUGGGAGCCCCUUCCAAACGCUUAUGAUUCGAUAAUCCGGGUUACCUGAGUUGCCAGAUCGCACGCUUUCCUGGGGCGGGGAGAUGUAUGAACCCUUCGCCCGGGCAGACAUUAAAUAUUAGCAACGGCCAACGCGGAGCAGGAUCCCCCAGCGGCUCGAAUGGCUUUUCAAACACCGGCAUUGAGGGUGGGGCACGUUGGCUAAAAGGCUGAAUGAAGCGAUGUUUUGAUUAUGCACGGAGCGGUAAAGCGGGGGCGAGGAGACUCCCUGUCCCCGUAGCCUCUGGGUGGAGUCUGUCGGAAGUGCGGAGCCGCGUUGAGGGAGACUCGCUGCAAGGCUUUCCUAAAGGAACGCGUCGUGAUAAGGAUUCUCUCCCAUCUCUGCAGACUUCAUGGCUGGUCCACCCUCAUGACUUUGCUGAACCCGAGGGCUUGGUAGUUUAUUAGGCUGUUUUGGAUGUGGCUAGUAGGAAGCCCUCUCCCACUUGAAAUUGUCACUGGCAGUUACUUCGGGAUCAAUAUGUAGAUAAUUGGACCUCAAAGCGGCAAACGCAUCCCAGCAGCAAAUGCGUGGGAUCGUAUCCUGACUCCCCACGGUGGGCAAACCCCUGGGAAUCCAACGGGGAACCGUCCGCCACCCGGCUCGCAUUUUCUUCCUCUGCGUGGCGAGCGCAAUUGUAGCUUUGAACACGGAGACACAUAUAAUCAACGCACAUUCAAUGCACGCAAGAAUCCUGGCAACCUUAGACUUACAAUUCCCGGUACCUAUAGCAAACCAUAGUUCCCAGGAUUCUUUGAGGAAAGUCGUGCCCUUUAAAUAUGCGUUGGCUGUGCUUGAUUUAUGGUGUAAAGCGCAGGAAGAGGCCAAGAAGAGGGACCUGAGCAGUUGGAAGCCAUUCUAAGAAGCAGUGUGCAGGGAUGGACCCUGUGGUUGGUUCAGCAGUGGUCAAGACUCUCACGAAAGGAGUCCACACAUUAUAUGUAUAGAUAAGAUUAGAUACCAUUUUGCAAGGAACGGAGAAGGGAAAAUCCCGUUCUGGGCCAUCGGCUAGUAUUAAUUCUCCUUCGAGAAAAACCGCUUUUGAAUGCAGCGGGGCAGGUACGGCGGGUCAAAGCUUAACUCUUUUUGCCCGGGAGACAUUCCAAGGCUGACUUUUGGGAUCCAGUUGAAUGCAGCGCUUUAUGUUGACGCCCUUGUCCAACCCGUGUGAAAAGGGUAAGGGGCGUCUUGAACUUGCCGAUUGUAGCGAUUUAUGACUUGAUAUCCCCCCCCCCCCCACGAACGGGGAGGCGGGUUUGUAGGCCUGCCUGAAACCUGUUUGCAGGAGUAGCACCACGCCUGCCCAAAGCCCAGAGCUAAAGGAACUCGCUGCCAGCUAAAGAGAAGGGAGAGGCAAAUCUGGAGUACAGUAGAGAGAGAGAGGGACAGAGAGAGCUGACCGCAUCGGGCAAAUAUUUGCUAAAAUCGCUUGAGCUUUUUGCCAGUCAUUUCAACGAAACGCAGAACAUGCAAAAACUGAGCUGAGUCGAGAAGGAACUUCUUCCUCUUUCUUCCAGCUGUUAGGUAGUGCGGUUUAAGGCUGCGUGAGAUCCUCGGCAGGUCUUUACAGGGGGCUGAAUCCCAUUGCGAUAUUCUAGCCAAGUUAGGAUGGCACUAUAAACUGCUUAAAUCGAAACAACUGGAAAGAUGAAUUCGAGAGCGUGUAGAAUUCCAUUCAGUGAAAAUGGGUUUGACAUUAAAGUUUUCCGGAGCUGAAGCUUUGUAGCCUCCCGCGACUGGACACAUACUUUUUUUUGGUCCUAGAAGAGACACAAUAAUAUAAAAUAAGGAAAUAAAGCUCUCUGUGUCCUUAGCGGUUGAUGUGAGGAAGCCUGCCAGCAGAUUUACAAAGCGAAGCAGGGUCGUCGGGUAUGGUUUCAGAUUGGAUGGGGAACCGUGUGUGGAUGUUCCUGCACCACAGGGGUUGGGCCAGAUGACCUUUGGAGUCCCUUCCAACGCUGUGAUUCUAUAGUUAUGUGUUUUUGCAGCUUGGCUUGGUAGUAAAUGUUUAUUUACACCGAAGAAAUGCUUUCCCUCAGGGCUGUUUAGCACGUGCCCUCCAGAGGCUCCCAGCACCCUCAGCCGUGGUGGCCCGUGGUCGGGUCUGCAGGGAGUUGAAGCCCACAGCCUUUGGAGGGCACAGCCUUGGUUUCCUUGGGCCUUGCUGGAAUAUUUUCUUCCGAGAAAUGUGUGCGCCACGUGGGAUUGAAGGCCAAGUCGUUGCUGCACCUUUGAACAUUUAACUGGCCGUUGAAACCCGCGGGACUCACUUCUCAGCAAGUAUCCAAAGGACCAAUCUCCAAGAACACUUGUCUAUUCAAAAGAGGGAAACUUUCGAAUUAUUGCGCGCUCAUUACUUGACACAAACAGAUUUUAAAGAGACUUCCAGAUAAAUUAGCACAAUCCGCUUGCUGGCUACUGGCCCGAUUUAUUUUAAGAGGAUUCCUCGGGAGCAAAUGGGUCGUGGCUUGGGGUGUUGCUGCAGAAAACACCCACAUUACAUAAGAACAAUUCCACGAUUCCAAACCCUAAUUAAGUGCGGUUGUGUGUUUUUUUUAACGUAUGAUUAAUAUAUAAAACGAAAAUAAACAGAAACUCAGAAGCGCCAUAAAUCUAGCCUUGUGAUCCUAUCACAAGGUAUUUGGGAGCCCCAUUGCUCCGGAAUCGCCCCCUUUUAGUUAGUUUGUUUGUUUGUUUGCUCUCUGUUGUGUGGGAGCAACCCAAUGGAGAACCGAUUUUCUUUUCUCCCUGCCCGCCCAGCCUUAAUAUAUGCGUGGAAAAUGGUAAACAUGUAAAGAAGCGAAAGUUUCACGCUGGGUUGCUGCACGCUCCAUUUCCUUGCCGUUUCCUGCUGUCGUUUCAAAGCGAUCUUGCUCGACUAAGAGCUCCGGUUUUCGGGAACAGGAUUGUCGUUCAUAAUUACUAGCAAACCAAGCGGCUACUGCGGCUCCCUCGCUCCUAUUGAUAAGCUCAAGAGAAAGGGAGGGAGGGAGGGACGAAGAUGGGAAGGGAAGCGGGGAGGGCGGUCCCUUCCUUCUGUUAGAAAUUAAAACAAAAGCACCCACCUCGGUUAUAAUAUUACACCGGAGUGGCAGCGGGUGCGGGAGGAAUCGCUCUCAAGGAGACGAGAGAGGAAUAGGCUCUUGGGUUUGAGAGAGGAGCUGCGGGGGGGGGGGGUGUCCCUUGCCCGGUACAGCAGCCCAAGCAAAGGAUGUAGUGGCUCAAGGGGGGGGGCGGGUCGCUGUAAAUCGCCUUGAGACCUUGUCAGGGAAAAAGGCGGGGUAUAAAUAAAUACGUGAUAAUGAUAAUACGUGGAAGAAAAGCAGCAAUUACUUAACUCCCUUUCCCCAUCCGCUCCCCAAUCUUAGUGACUUUUACUUGGGAGUAAAUUCCAUUGGCUUAUAAAGAAAGUAGAUGACUAGCCGGGAACAUGGAUUUGCUCUGACGGAAAGACCCCGCUGAGUUCUGUGGGGGCUGUUGCAAAGUGUGUCUGGGAUGAUGGCCUUACGGAAUGGGUGGCGGAUUCAGCCGGGGAGUUGCAGGUUGGGGUCACUUCCGGACGCCGCUCUGGUGGCCGUCACAGUUCCCUGCCGCUAAUAAUGUUGGCGCUGAGGAAAGAGGCUGUGCAAAACCUUCUCUCUCUCUCGUGUGCUAGUUUACCCAAUGCAGAGCGAUGGGGUUACUUUGGGGAGCAUUCAGAAACAGCACACCCAGCCACACUUCGGCAAUUGAAAUGAUACCAGUCCGGAAUUCCAGUUCUUCCCUCCAUAUAAAGUGAAGAACGACCCUCAAUAUUUUAUGGGAAAUAAAUUCUAUUGCAUUCAAUGGCUACAGAGAAGUAAAACAGAUGUUAAUAGUACUUCAGACCCAGCGAGGAGCCAACUGAGCUCUGUCCAUGCUCAGAGUCACUCUGCCUCUGAAAAGUUUCAGGGCUGAGCGCUAGCAUCAGAAACAAGUAGUUUGAGCUAACAGAAGAGCCCUGCUGGAUCGGGCCCAAGGCCUGUCUAGUCCGUUAUCCUGUUCUCAUACUAGCCAACCAGAUGUCUAUGGGAAGGCGGCAAGGAGGGCCAGAGCACAACAGAUCCUCCCCAUUUGUGGUUCCCUGCAACUGGUGUUCAGGGACAGUGGAGGUACCAUGGCUGGGAGCGUAAAAUCGUUGCUACGCUGAACUCAAGAACAAAAUUAAGCUCUUCUGGAUCAUCGUAAUCACCAAUAACAACAAAAAGUGGAGGAGGCAUUUAGGUUAAAAUUCAUCAUGAGCUGUGUGCUUUCGCUGUUCGUUGUGCCGCGUACGCCCCCGCUCUUGUGCACCUAAUGGGUAUAUCUUGAGUAACUGAAAUCUCCAAAUUGCAUUACAUUUGGCAAUAGCUUUAAUAUAAAAGUAAUUAUACAGAUCUGGAUAACUCGAUCCCUAUAGUUUCUUCCAUGGGAGGCUCGCUUUUCCCUUUCCUUUCCUUUUUCCCCUUCAAAAAGAGAGAGAAGAAUUAGGUAAUUUACAAAAGAUGGACUGGAGAUUAGAGCGCACAUCUCCGGAGCUAUGAAAUUGCAAUGGAUACGGUUAUGUAGAGGUUUGCAGGAGCUCUCCGUGUAUUUGGAAACGUUUGCCCAUGUCAUCUCGCCCUUUACUAAAGGGCUGCUUCUUUCAAAGGGACUGUAGCAACAACAACAAGAAGAAGAAGCAGGAGGCAAGCGCCAAUAAUACCUGUUAGACGGUACCUACAUGGGAAAAUGCUAUGAAAUGCAUUCGCUUCAGUUAUAUAAGCGGGCAAAGCGACCAGUGCAAAAUCUGUUUAAACUCCCCUUGCACUCCAGUCCCGAUCAGAUCUACUUAGAGGCAAGUUCCGUUCAUUUUAAUGAGUGUCCCUCUGGUGACUUAGGAUCGCAGCCUCUGACUCAGAUGAAUAUUUUAUUUACAUCAAGUAGAGUGUGUGUGUUCUUGUUUUGUUUUUUCCCCCUCAUGUCCAGCCCGAUCCUAUGUAUGUUUACUCGGAAGUAAGUCCCAGUGUGUUCAACGGCGCUUACUCCCAGGUAAGUAUGCACAGGGUUGCAGCCUGAAUGGUCAACUUACUUGGAGGAUGGGUUUGAUGAGACACUGGCAUCCAGAUCCACCGCCCAGUUGGCUGCAGGACUCGCGCUCCGACCUCAACACAUUUAAUUGGAAGCACAUCCCCACGUAAGGAAAGGGUGAAAAGGAUCCUGGACGUGAGAAUGGUCCCAACCAAAUUAAGCAUCUGGGGAGAAAGUGCGGUUGGGGUUAGGGUGGGGUUAGGGCGCCUUUUGGAGCCCUUGCUCCUCGGAGACAACUUUAGGAUGCAGGCUGCUGGACCCUUGCAUCUGGUCACGUAUUUUAAUUUAACCGCCCCCACCCCGCAAAGUAAGUCCCAUUGUCUUGGACUGACUUCCAGGUAAGGCUGCAAUCCUGUGCAUGCUUCUCUGGUAGCAAGUCCUAUCGAACGUGGUGGGACUUGCUUCCGAGUAAAUAUGUAUAGGGAUCAGGCUUCGUAAGAGUACUCAGUUCCAACGCAAGUCCUCUAAAACGGAAAAAACCCUGUUUCCUGAAUGUAUUCCUUCAGCCACAACCCAAGAAAUGUAGGAUACCUGCUGCUAACAGUUAUGGCAAGAUACUUCCAGGAAAGAUGAGCAGCGUUAGGAAUGGGGCAUCUUUCUAGUUUUGCUAUGGUCUUAUUGUAAACUGCCCUGUGAUCCUCGGAUGAAGGGCGGUACAGAAAUUUAACAAACCAACGAACCCUACCAGCAGCGUCCUCGUAGUAGUGGCAAUCCUGGAGACAGGCAGCCUCUUUCUGCUGAAGACAAGGGGGCAGAACUGCAUCUCAGGCUCUUUCAUUUACAUCCCUGUCCUUCUAAAACUCUUCGGGGCAGACGAAUGGUUUGUUGGCAAGCGCGUCUGAGAACAUUGCGGCCCGAAAUGACUCAGACCUAUGGAGUUGGCUGCGAUUCCAGCUGUAAAUAUUUUUCAGCGCCUAUUAAAAAUGCUUCUCGAUCGAUAAAAGGGAGGGGGCGCUGCCACUUGUAGAAUAAGGUUGAGACACCCCCCCCCCCCCGCCGCCGCAGUAAACUAGUGAGGCUUGCUUUGGAGUAAAUCUGUGUUGACCUGCCCUGUAAGGGUGCGGUUUCCUCGUGUGAGGAUGCAACUAAAAAGCAAGUGGUGUGUAAGGGGGUCGUCUUCGUUUUAAAAAUGGGACCCCUUUCUUUUGGCGUGACCAUGUUGUUGCGUUGCCAGUGAGAGCUGCUAUGACGUCCUCGCUAAGCCAGUUAAGCGGCCGGGGGCGACAGAGGCUGAAGGCGGUUUAGGAUGGGGGUCUUUGCAGAGGACCGCCAGCAAAACUCACCCCCAGACUUGGUUUUAGGCCUGGUCAGCCGAGAUCCCAAGGCUGCUGCUCCCACUCUGAUGAGAUUGGACCUUUUUCGUUUCUUUCUAAUUAAAUGCCUUCUGUGAUUUGAUAUUUUAUUUUCUGGUCAUGGAAGGCGUUCAGGAGCCUUGAUAGACUGAGGAGCUAAUAUAAAAAAUUUCUAAAAUGCAGAGUAGGGGUGGUAAAAAGGAGGGAUGGGAGAUUCAUUCUAAAUACAUCUCUCGGAAGGAAGUUCUGGUGAGGACUUAAAGAAUCUUAGUAAAAAUCAAGUUUAGGAUCCAGCUGAAAGAUUUAUGAGACCCCUAGAACGUGUUUUACAAAGCCGAUAAUAAGGUCUAGAAGAUGCAGAUUAAUAAUGACGAUAGUCCCUUUGAGCAUGUACAGAGUGCAUUCCCCUUAUCCACAGGGCGCAGUUCAGCCACAACUGAGUCACUCAAUUGGGACUGAUUUCACAGAUAAGCCUCUGCAACACCUUGCCCUAGACGAGUCAUAGAUCGACUAGAUAGAUAGAUAAAUAAAUAUCGAUGGACUUUUAAACGGGGGCGGGGCGGUUUACUGUUUUAGUUUGUUACUAUGUUAUGUAUUUUUGUGUUUUUAUAUUGUAAACCGCCCUGUGAAUCUCGGAAGGAGGGCGAUAAAGAUAUAUAUUUUUAAAAAAUAAUAUAAAUAAUAAAUCGAAAUGCGUGAAAUAAGGAAGAUAAAAUAUAUGAGCGAGAAGAGCAAACGGAAGCCGAGCCACCUUUCGCUUCCCAUGUGGCAAAACCACUCAGUCGUUUACUUUGAAACCUCCGUCCAAUCCGCACCAAGCAGCACGGAUCUAUGAAAUCUAACACGGGCUUGGGACCUCUGUAGUUGUUACAGCGCUUUAGUGUGGGAUUCUGGUGUGGUGGAAGGAAAUAUUUUGUAAUAAAACCUGGACGAAGGCUUGUUCUGUCUACUCCUUCCCUUGAGGUUAUUGACUUGCCAAUUUCCUUGGUAAGCCUAGCCUGUUAAGACACUCGAUCUUACACGUUUGGGAAGCUCGGGAGAUGUGUAUAUAAUCAAUAUAUAUGCAACGCGCCCGCACACCAUACUCCCGCCCCCUUUGCCACUAAACAGUAUUUUCAUGAAUGGGACAACAAUCCUUUUCCUAGGGAUACGAAGCUGGAAAUAAAGAGUCCCGUUGAAAUAGAUCAGAUUGUACUUCACACCUGGCUGAAACUCUAGCGCCAGGAUAUGAUGAUAUUAAGAAUCCUUAAGGAGUUCUUAAAAGUUGGCUUUCCUCUCUGCUAACCAAUUAUAGAUGCGAUUCAUUUUGAGGCAUGAAAGUGUCAUAGAAAGCUGAGACCUGGUUCUCACAAAUAAUAGUUGUGGUAGCCUCCUUACAGGAGUGUACCACUUCAGAUUGCAGGCGGGCGGCUCAAACGGUGCAGUGUUUUGCCUUUGGAUAACAUUCCUAAGUGUAAGAAAUCUAGCACAUCAGGAAAAUGGCUAGGUUAUAACCCUUUCCUCUGACAUUUAGUUUUCUAUAUCCAGAAAUCCCCCCCCCCCAAAAAAAGAAGUGGGACAGUCCGGACACAGGUUUAUCAUUUCAUCUGCUCUAUAUAAGAACGAGUGUAAAGUACAGAAUCUGGACUUGCCAUAUAUUUGGCUUCCUGCAGGGCAUGCUUGUAGAAUCCAAAUGUCUCCUUCCCUCCCUUUCGGAACUUGAGAACUCGCUUUGUCUAUUAAGGUAGCACCAGCCUGCAGUGAUCUCAAGGAAGCAGCAAUAGCAGCAGCUGUCAGCCCUUAUUAACUCUUGCAUGAAGCGUACCUUAAGUAUGGUUUGUUCUCAAUUACAGGCAGCAAAUGAAACAACUGGGGGAGGGAUGCAGUAAGUCUUUGUAUAAAUUAUAGUGAUUGGUUGAUUGAUCAGAGCACCUGCUGCAAAUCAGAGGGAUUUUUUAAAAAGUUUAGUAGCAAGCAAAAUAUAUCAUUAAUAAUUUCCUUCUAUUUGUUUUUUUUGGGGUGUGUGUGUGCCCUGUUUAAUAACUUUAUACCCAAGUCUACUUAUAGUUGGUGAAUUUGCUCUAAUUCUCUUAAAACAGCGCUCAUUCUUGAAAUAAAUUGUUUGAGCAGCUUGGAAUCUUAGGGAAAAGCAGCUUUUCAGUAGUGAGCUCCAUUUUCAUUUGGAAUUAGAAUGAUUUGCUUUUUUUACACACCCAGCCCUCCCAGUAUGUCUGUUAAAUAAAAAAUAAUGUUUUCAUCAAUUCCAAGCCAGGAUAAAGGGUUGAAAAAACCCAAAUAUACAAGUUUUUAUCAAACCAGUGCAAAAAUGAUCCCGCUGCUAAGCUUACCAGUCUAGCAAUUUAUUGGAUUCCUUUCCUUUUUAUAUUUGUGAAUCAGUACUAAAAAAUAAUGAAACAAAUAUUUACGAGUAAUAACUAUUUAUUUAUACAGUGCAUAAAGUGUCUUACAGUUUAUAUGUAGAGAGAGAAGCUACUGAUCAAUCCAAACUCUGAGUGCCCAUUCUAGCAAACAGGAAAUGCUGGACUUGACUGCUCUUUCUGGAUAUCCCACAAAUAUUAUUAAAAACACUGAUAUUCUUUUCUUUGGCUUGUCCAUUAUAAUCUACGGAGCUACACUAAACAGCUCAAAAGCUUACUUCCCUCUUUUUAAAAACUGUAUUUAUAGAUGUGAUCCAGGAACAAGUUAAGCCAAAAUGUUUCUUUUGAAUGUGAUGUCCCAAUCACUUCACGGUGCCUAAAUGAGCUUUCCAUACAAGUUUCUCUGGCUCAAUGGGUUAGUGGGUCAGGCUGUGAAUCUCUAAUUGCCCUUGUUUCAUAUUCUGUUUUACCAUGUGGUUGUAGUAAAGGCCGCCUGCUGUCUCCAACUUCUACAUAAUUACAAAUAUACUUAGAAACACCAGGGCAACUUCCCUAGAGAUAAGGAAGAAUCUAUGAAGGGUUAAUUGGAGUAUUGUUGCAACUACCCUGGGGUUAAACUAAUAGAUUCAUGGGUUGGUGUUCUAAAUAUCUAAUCUGUGAAAAAGCUUGAAACAGUCACUGGUCCAGAGAAAGAUAUACAAUUGUUGGUUUGAGAUUUAGAGAGACAACUGGGUGACUAAAUACAACAGGGAUAGUCUUCCCCACCCUAAAUAUUGUGCAAAAAAUUAGCUUCAGCAGGUGUGGCCUAACAUGCUAUUUAGCCCGGAAAAGACAAUUAAGAGGUGGUGCUAUGACAAGCAUCUUAAAACAUGGAGCUAAUUUAUUUUCUGAUGCUUUAGGAAAGGACCUGAAGCAGUGGGUUGAAAUUACAAUAUUGGUGAUUUUGACAAAGUGUUAGGGAAACUCCCUUGGAAGAUGGAGGCCUCUCCUUCAUUGGAGGUUUUCAAAGCUUAAUUGCCACCUAUCCAAGAUGCUGUAGCAACAGCAGCAAAUCAGAUGACCUUUCAGGUCCCUCCAACUCUAUAAAUCUAGUGAAAUGCCCUUCCCACUCCAUGUAAGGGUUUAGAGCAUAGGCUCCAUGUCACCCUAAAAGAGAGAGUGGAAACUCAGAGUUCGUGCACUAAUUAAGAUGAACACAGAUUAAAAAAAAUAAAGAAACUGGGACACAACAGCUGUAUUCUGCUGAACUCAAGUUGACCAAUAGAAGCUGGCUCUCUUCAUAGACAUCCACCUGUUAAACCUGGCUUCUCAGUGACGAGUGGGGUUCUUCAUCCCCCUCCACCACUGCCAUUCCUGCGCCUAUUGUGUUUUUAUGUUGUACCCUGCCACACACACACACAUGGUGGAUUAUGAAUAAUUAAGCAAAUAAGUAAGUAAAACUAGCACCCAAUAGGUAGAUAUAAAAUGAUGGAAAUCUUGUCCUGGCAUGGGGCAGCGUGGGGGGGCCACCCUUAAUCUAUUGCAUUUCUGACUAUUAUGUAGGUAUUUACUAGGAGUUGUGCAAGAAAACUAGUUGGCAGCUUCUGCUGGUGGAGAAGGCUUUCCAGCCCAACCCCAUGGCAGCCGAAUGUUUUCUGAUAGACAUGUAAAGGCAGUAUGCCAACUUUCAGUGCACCCCUUUCUUCUUCUGAGUUUUUAGGUGAUCCCUUUUGGAGAGCUUAGAAUGACCCACCUUUGCAUUAUACUGGAGACUUAGUAUCCAGAAGCACAAAAUAUGUGAGCUAUUAAUUGCAUAGAAAACAGUGAUGUUAAGUCUGGUAGUAUUGUAGGUAUUGACUUAUUCCAUAUGGGUUGUGUUCCUUCCCUUCCAAGUUCACCUUGCUGUCCUGGGACCCAUUGCAGCAUGUCUCCUUUCACUACUUCCAUGGAAAGAAUUUGUCAUUUGGUCCUUUUCCAUAGGCAGUAUGGGACUCUUGCCAACAUCACCUUCAGCAAUGUGGCUUCUUUCUGUGUUGUAGGAAAUGCCUAAUGUCCGAGACUGACUCCUCAUUAUUAUGCCACAGUUGCUCCUUCCUGAAAGAAGAGUCUCACUGUCCUGGAAAGGAGCUCCUCUGCCCACAGCUUAGUCUUAGAGUGACUUCCAAGCAUUACUGUGAGCCGUAAAGGAUGGAGUCAGGCUCCAUGGCAGCUGCUCCCACUCUGUUCACUGUCAUUCUGGAUGGGGUCCUUUGGCCCCUCUCAGUUUAGCAGCUCUCAUUUUCCGAGGAUAAUGCCCAAAGGGUCUUUCUAUGUGAAACACUGCUAAUGUGGCAUUGGGGCCUGACAUGGCAGCUCUAUAAGAACCAUCCCUGUGAUGGGAUCCCCCAUAUGACUCUGAGCAGUAAGCCAUCCAAACAAAAGGUGCUGAAUCAAUGGGACUGACUUCUGGUUGAGCAAAUGUGGUCUUAUGACUGAGCCGGUCACUGAAGUGUGCUGUUUCCCACACCUACUUUUCUGUCUCCCCAGUUCCAGUUCCUCCAAAAUCUGUAACUUCCCUGAUGAUGAACAAAGACGGCUUCCUUGGUGGCAUGUCUGUGAACACAGGCGAAGUAUUUUGUUCAGUACCUGGGCGGCUCUCCUUGCUCAGCUCAACUUCCAAGUACAAAGUAACUGUUGGAGAAGUUCAAAGGCGCCUCUCACCCCCAGAAUGUUUGAAUGCCUCGCUUCUUGGAGGAGUACUUAGAAGGUAAGGCCUUGGGAUAGGUAUAUGUGUGCUUAUGUGUGAGAUUUAUUACGUGGUGUUACAGGGAUCAGCUUUGUGCAUAUCUGUUGAUGUUGAUGCAUGUAGAAGACCUCAUAGGACAUAUACUUAACAGUCUGGCUACCAAUAUGCAUGCAUGGGACUCUGAGGACUUCUUGGAAAAAACCAGUUGGCUGCAAGGCUUUUGACUGGGACUGGUCAUGUGCAACACAUCUCACCAGUUCUUAAAGGACUACAUUGGCACUGCUUUUCAGAGCACAAUUCAAAGUUCAGGAGCAUAUCCUUUAAAGCAAUAUACUACUUGGGACUCAGGUUCUUCAAAUGCUCCCAAAUGAAUCUACCCAAAUGUUAAGAUCCUCUUCUGGGCCUGGGUGGCUGUGCCUUUGGAGAUGAGGUACGUAGCAACUGAGAAAAACUCUUUUCAGCUGUGGCACCCCAUCUUUGGUGUUCCCCCAGUGAGGCUUGCCUACGACUGAGUCUCUCAUGUCCUUUUGGGACCUUGUCCUGCUCAGGUGCCCUUUGAUUUUUGUUUCCUGUGAUAUGUUAAUUUGUUGUUGUUGUUGUUGUUAUCAAUAACCAUGAAGCAUAGAAUCAUUGGGUUGGAAAGGGUACCAAGGGUCAUCUAGUCAAUUCCCCUGCAAUGCUGAAAUCUCAAAUGUCCUAUUUUUGCUUUCAUCUAUUUUUUAAACAUUGUUUUAAGUAAGUUUUACUUGAAGGGUAGGGAUGAUAUGAUAAUGUAUGCAUAUUCAGCACUUUAGCUGUUGUACUGUAAUAGCCUGGAGUUAAGUUCUAGUUACAGGUAGGUAGCCAUGUUGGUCUGCCAUAGUCAAAACAAAAUUUAAAAAAUCCUUCCAGUAGCCCCUUAGAGACCAACUAAGUUUGUUAUUGCUAUGAUCUUUCGUGUGCACGCACACUUCUUCACUGAAGUGAAGAAGUCACCAGACCCUUAUAUAUGAAAAAGUCACCAGACCCUUAUAUAUAGUGAGAGUGUGUGUGUGUGGGGGGGUCUGUUGACUUCUGUUUCAGUGUAUCUGAAGAAGUGUGCAUGCACACGAAAGAUCAUACCAAUAACAAACUUAGCUGGUCUCUAAGGAGCUACUGGAAGGAAUUUUUUUAUGGAGUUAAGUUGUGAGCCAGGCAUUCUAGGGGUCAAAAUACAUUAGGUGGUUUUAGGCCAGGAGUGGUUAGCCUGGGCUCUUCCAGAUGUUGCUGAGCUAUGAGCAUAGCUGUCAACGUUUUCCUUUUUCAAAGGGAAAUUCCCUUAUUCCGAAUAGGAUUCCUCGCAAGGAAAGGGAAAAGUUGACAGCUAUGGCUCUGAGUUCUAUCAUCCUUGAACAUUGGCUAUGUUGGCAAGGGCUGAUGGGAGUUGGAGUACAGCAACAUGUUGAGUGCUGUCGGUUAGCCAUCUCUUUUAGGCAAAGCACUCACUUUCAACCUUAACUUCCCCCUCCAUGAAUUCAUAAUGCUGGCUUAUUUUAAAAGGUUGUUGUAAGAAUUGCUAAGGCACAUGGCUGGCCCAAGACAUUUUGUCACAUGAGGCAACCACAAAAUGCUGCUUCCUCCUCCUUCCAGGGAAGAAGGAAUGAGUGAUGAUCUACCAGCGGUGAAGGGUGCUCCCACUGCUCCUGGGGCGGACACAUGUCCCCUUGGGGGGGUGCAGGGGGGCACAGGGGGUGAAGGAGCCCACUGCGCCUGGCCAUCCCUCACUCCCAAAGCAACACCAGCCAUUGGAAUGACACCGCUUGGGAUUGGUAUCACUUCAGUGGUGAGGGCUGGCCUGCCACAGCUGGCUCUGUUCGCCCUCCACGCCCCUCCAUGGAAAUACACCAAAGCUGAUUGAAGAGUGUUUCCAUGAUGGGGUGUGUUGCUCCAGUGGCAAGGGCUGGCCUGGUGCAGGGGCUCCAUUUGCUCUUCACACCCCACCAUGGAAACACUCCUUACUUUCAGUUAAUGUGGUACAUCUCUUCAGUAAGGGCUUCAUUUGAGCCUGAAGUCUGGUUCUUUGAGAAUUCCAUUGAAUAAGUGUACAGUGGUGACCUGGUAGAUACUGCGUAACUCUAGCAGUCAUGGAAUCGGAGGAUGGGUCCUCUGGUUAGAGAACAGGAAGCAGAGAAUAAGAAUAAAUAGACAGUCCUUGUAGUGGAUGUGUCAGGUGUAUAAGACCUCACAGGUAUCUGCAUAGGGACUGGAUUUUUUUUUUUAAUGGUUCAUAAAUGAUUUGGAGUUAGAAGUGAGCAGUGAGGUGGCCAUGUUUGCUGAUGGCAAUGAGAUUGCAAGGAAAGAGCAACCCAAAUGAUCACUGGGUCACAGCAACUCACCUGGGAGGAAAUGAUACCGUGUUUGGGGAUUUUUAGUUUAGAAAAGGGUGAGUAACGAGCAAUAUGAGAGAGGUGUUCACAAAUAUUUAUGAUGUGGAGAUAGUGGAUAGAGAUGUGUUUUCCCCUUUCCCAUGGUACUCAAACAAAAUGAAGCAAGGUUCAGGCAGACAAAAGGAAGUCAUUCUUCACACAGGGCAUACUGAAGCGACGGAAUUCACUGCCACAAUAUGUGGUGAUGAUUUUAAAAGGGGAUGAGACCAAUUCAUGGAGGGCAGGCCUAUCAGUGGCUACAAUACAUGAUGCCUCUAAAGAACAGUUAUGGGGAAACAACCAGAGGGAGAGGGCUAUUGGCCUUGUCUGCUGCUUAUGUACUUUUGAUUGGCAUCUGGUUCACCACUUUGUGAAAUGAGGUGCCUAAGUAUAUAGGCCAGGAGUCAGCAAAGUGGUGGGCCGUAGUGUGUGUGUGCAUGCGCACACACGCAUGUGCAAAGACUAUUUCCGGGGCUCCUUCUGGCGCGGAGGAGGCAUCUGCAGCUUCCCAUUGGCUGCAGGAGUUUCCUGUAGCCAAUGGGAAGCCGGCCAGCGUCGUGGAUGGUGGUCCCUGCUCUGCUCCGCGCCGGUUUAGCGCGGCGCACUGGAGCCAACCAAGCAGGCAGCAGGGGUCCCUUAGGGGGCGGCGGGGGUCCAUGGGCCAGUUAAACAACCCCCAUGGGCCACUUGUGGCCCAUGGGCCUUAGGUUGCCGACCUCUGAUAUAGGCCUUUGGCCAGACUCCACAGUGCUGCUUUUGCAACUGAAGCCUAACAUGGUGCCAUCUGGAUGUUGCUAGACUACAACACCCAUCAUCCCUGACCCAUCAUGCUGGCUGGGACUGAUGGAAGUUAUAGUCCAACAUCUGGAGGGCACCACACCAGCUAAUAUUAAAACCUAAUUUGACUUCAGGAAAAGGAAUAAGCACCCAUGAGUUGAGCAUGCAGACAACCUUCUAGCUUUUCUGAUAGAUCUUCUCAAGCUGGCCUAGGAUCCUAACAUCUCUUUCUUUACAUGUAAAGAAAGGGUGUGAAGCUCUGUUCUACAGGGUGGCUGGUAUGUCUUUCAGAAGAGAGGGUGGGAAACAGUGCAGAAAUCACGUCUCUAAUGUAAGAUAUUCACAGUUGCAGAGUAAGCCCUUUCCUUCUUAUCCCCCCCCCCGACUUUUCCCCCUGUAGUAUGAGACAAUGUGUAAUUUCUAGGUGGGUUAAUAGCCAUGGAUAUUAAAGGUAAAACUGGGGCCUCCACAGCCUGUGUGAAGCUUGGGCACGUGGUCUUCAGCAUGCAUCCAUCUAUGCUCAUAUGCACACAUGCAUCCUGGUCAUUUGGUUGAUGAAGAAGUGAAGUCCAGAAGUAGAGGUGGGGUCUUCCUCUGUCAUUGCAAGUCGAAUCUGUUGCUAUUGUCAAAUGAAUGGAAAGCAGCAAUACUUUAAUUGCUAGAUCAAUUAGUGAAAGCUUCCAUUCCUUCAGUGGGACCCACUUUUAAUUGGAGAGGACUCAUUUUUUAAAAAAAGCAGGGCUGCUAGUUCUGUGGGCUUUUUUGAUUUGUGGUAUGUUGCUGAAAUGGAUAAGAGGUCUUUUUCUAAAAGGAAUGGGAGAUAUUGUUAAAAUGUGCCUGCAAUACCGAGAUUUCAAUAAUAGGCAAAUAUAUUUAAAUUGGUCAUAAGGUUGCCAGCUGCAAUUAAAAGACACACACUCAGAACCAAUACUAAACUCUUCGCGUUGCUGAGGGCAGUUGUACAAGCCGUCACUCCCCUCUCCACAGCUACCUGUAUCCUGGAAGUCUUGAUCUCCUACUUCUCUGACCUUUCCACCUUUCCAGUUUUAUGGCCACGGAGGUGUUUCUCAAGGCUAGACAUUUGCUUUUCCUCAAAACUAAUAAUCUAUCCCACGGGCGUAGCCAGGAUUUUUGUUAAGUGGGGAGGCAGGCCUUUUGCUGGGGUGGAGCAGAACUGCAAUUAGCUAUGUAUUUUUAUUGAUUUUUUAUUGAUUGGGGGGCAGCUGCCCACCAGCCCCCUUCCUCCCUUGGCUAUGCACAUGAUUUACCCAUUUACUAGGAGCAAGCUACAAUGAAACCAGUGCUCAAAUAAAAACUCAUGGAAUCGGGCUGUUGCUGCCUUGGUUGGGCGCUACCAGCCCAUCUCCUUUUGCUUUCCUGGUGCAGGGUCCAGCCAGUACCAGUGAGUCAUGUGUUGCGGGGGGCUGGACUAGAUGACCCUUUGGGACACCUUCCUACUCUACAAUUCUGUGAUCCCUCAGCAUAACUCUUCCUCGAGAAUCAUUAUUUCUCCCUCCCCUCUCCUUUCUUCCCCUCCCCAAAGCCCAUCUCUCGAUCUGUCUGUCUCAUUGCAUCUCUCCCUCCCCCACUCUCCCCUCCUUCUCUCUCUCCCCUUCCUCAUUACCUGUCUGUCUCUCAUUACCGUACUUCUCUCUCUCUCUCUCCCCCUCUCUCUCUCCCCCUCCCCGUUUCUCAAUUUUGUCUGCUAGAACUUCCUCAGUCAGCUGCAAUUCAGACCCAGUCACGCGCGCUAAAGCCCCUUCCAGCUCCGGGGAUCUGCCUCAUAGUCGCUUUCCCCUCCCCACCAAAAAAAGUUUCUUUCCUGGGAACAUUCCUUCAACUUCGAAUCAGCACCUUCUUUAUCCCCCCAUUUUGCCAUUGCAGAGCCAAAUCGAAAAACGGGGGCAGAUCGUUGCGAGAGAGGCUAGAAAAAAUCGGCUUGAAUUUGCCAGCCGGCCGGCGCAAAGCGGCAAAUGUCACCUUACUCACCUCCCUGGUGGAAGGUAAGCAGAUGCGGCCCGCGCGGAUCCCCCCCGCGGCGCCCCCGGGCGGCUCUCGAGGGCGGGGGAGCGGGGACAUUUCGCACGCGGCUCGUGCAUUGAGUGGAAAUCGUUGCCGGGAUAGCACCGAAGCUCCGGCACGCAGGAAGCAGGAGUGCUGAAUAAAGAACAAAGACCUCAAGCGUCAUGAAGCUGGGCCCAUAUCUCCGCUCUGUGGCGCGUGUAGAUCUCGCCAUCCGAAAUGGCUUGACUUCAGCCUGUGCUUCGGAGUGAGUCCCACUGAGGGCAGCGAGAUGUGCUUUGGAAUCAGCACGCCUCUGAUCGGACCAGCCUAGGGGUCACAACCGAAUUCAUCCCAAGAGGUGUUGGGAACUGGCAUUGAGAUGCUUCUGAAAAGCAACUGUGCAGACCCAAGAACAGUAAAUUAAUAUACCAAGAGGUGCUGUGUGAACGUUUGAGUUAAGCAGCAUCUCUUCCUUGGGAUGGAGGAGAAUAUAAAAAUAGAAAUUUUAAACAUGGGUGGAUUUUUUUUGGAGGGGAGGGUGGGGGAAGGUUGGCUGCUUGCAUUGUGAAGGUAAUACCAAUGGAACUCCAUUGAUGCUAGUGGGAGCUUUCUAUUGCAAUUGCGCUCUCUCUCUCUCUCUCUCUGUGUGUGUGUUUGUAGGAGUAUUUUUCCAGGGUUGCAGAGGAGAAAGGGGAGUUGCUGCUAGAUUCCAAACUAAGCUCCCAAUCCUAUGCAUAUUUACUUGCAAGUAAUCCCUUCAGUGUUCAGCGGCUGGGCCCCAGUCAAUAUGGAUAGAUCUGUGCUUUGUGGAGAAUUUAGUUCUGGGUUAUAGAGAGGCAUGCUGGCUCAGAGAAGAAUUGAAGGCUUCCCCUUGACAAAUACUUGUAUCUGACACUAAUAAGGAUUCACAGAAUUCUUUCAAAAGCAGAAUUAAAAAAACACCACUGGGUAUCAUUAGUAUACUAUAUGUAAUUAUUGACUUGAGGGUUCCAAAAUCUGGUUAUUUGAAUGUGAUUAAGCUGUAAACCUGAAUGAAGCCAUUAGAAAAGUCAGCAUAAAAGUUCAGGAAUAAAGGCAUUGGUACCAGAGGCCUUUGCUAGUUACUUGACAAAAUUCUGCUUCUGUUUGGAUCUGCAAGAUAUCACUCAAUUUCCUGGUUCCUAAGUUAUUGUUAAAAUAAUGAUGAUGAUGAAGGUCCAUUUCAGGAGAGACAUUUAAUGAGAAGUGAAGAUAUUUUGAAGUUUAUAAAGUAAAUAGGAAAUGAUCACAGAAAAUGGAGAGGAGAGGGAUGGGCUGGUUGCUGAGGAAAGCAGCCCAAAGGUCCCUUAAAGUUGAGAUGGACAGCAAACUUGCACAUAAUAAACUGCUGAUACUGUAUGAUUACAGUUCAUCAUGCAUUACUCAGGUGUCAUUUCUGUGUUGGACCACGAUGUAAGAGUAUAACUCCACCCAAACCCUAUUCAAGUGCUUCAGGAAUUCUCAAAGUUAACAGGGAACUAGAACUGUGCAUGCAACUAUUAGAGUGAGAUGCAUUUGUGUUUGUGAAUAUCGGAGUGAGAUGCAUUACAAAAUAUACAAAAUUGUUGCUGAGCAAGCCAAACAGUUUCCCUUAAAGAACUAUCUCUUGGCCUAUCCUACUGAAUUAGCAGCUGCUUCAGCAAUAUCCCACUCUCUUCCACUGCUCUUCCAUUUUAUUGCCUGUGGCAAAAAUGUUUCAUUCAUCACUGUUCAGGAUUCACAAGGGGCAGGGAGUCUGGUCUUUAUCUUGUAAGUUUCAUAAGGAGAAUUAAACAUCCAUGGUGAAUGGAGAUUUGAUGAAGGUCAUCUUUCUCUCCCACUUCCUUUCCUUUUCAAAAUAAUGUGUCAUUAGGAUUAUUAGACAUAUUUGUUUUUAUAGGUAACAGUCUCUGGGGUUGCCUUGAUCCUCCUCCUCCUCCUCCUCCUCCUCCUCCUCCUCCUCCCCCUCCUCCACUAGGUUUAAACUACAGUGUGGUAUCAGUAAUCAGAAAAGGGGCAGGUAUUUAAAUUUUACAAUAACUUAUUUUGUAAUAUUAUAAUUACCCCCAGUACCAUAGCUAUAAUCCACACUGACUGUGGUUGGACUUAAGGAUUGUUUGUAAAACAGAACAUUCCCAAUUAAAUGAUGGUAUUUUGAUUAGGACAGCAUUGUGCAGAUGUUGUAAAGCUUGCAUCCAUGAGUAGCAACAAAUCCACUAUAAAUUCCCAUGUCAACAAGCCCUUACUGUUCCUGAAUACAUGUACACAGAAUUUUAUCCUACAUGCUACAUUUUGAGGGAGAUGUAGUGAGUGAAGGUAUCUAUUUUUUAUUUUUCAGUGGCAAAGGGAUAAAUUUCAGUGGGAUGCAAGCACCAAUUGAUGAAGUACAUGAUGUUUUACACUGGAACACAGUCAAAAAUAUCAAAAUACAAAAUGAGAACACAAAAUACAUAACAAGCAACAACAACAGAAUGUAUACAUGUGUUGACUGUCUGCUGUUGUAUUUUUUGGAAGCUUGUUUAGGGGUUCAGUUCUGUUUAGGAACCCAGCCUGAGACUUGCACUCUGCUUCCUUAGGGUAGGGCUCACUCAUGUUAACAGGGUGCUUUUGGACUUCGGUUGUGCAUAAAAAGAAUUGAUGGUCCUCCACAGCCACAUUUGAAUGUAAAUACACCCUUCACAUCUCCCUCACCUAGGAGAUAUGGAGACUCUUGAUGGACAGUUUUGGCAUCCAGUUGAGCAAGGGAGUUGUGCAGGGAAAUUUUCUAAUAUAACACUAGAGGAACAGGAGGUUUGGAGAACUUUGUACUAUCCAUUCCUGCAUAUCAACAGAAUGCCCAAGUUCACUUGCAACAAGGGAGGAAAAAUGCAUGCUACAAAUGUCAGAGGUACAGUCUUGUCCAUUUUUCAUGUUGUUCAGGACUGAGCAUUUGUGUUUGGAGGCUAGACAAGACUUAGCUCAACUUGGAGCCCUAAUAUAAUGCUAGCAUCCAAUGAUCUAAAGCUCCUGAGUCCUUAUUCUUUCUAACUGCAACUCAGUCUGUAACUUCUUACAAUAGCAUUACAUUGCUUUGCAUUUAUGACAGGCUGGAUGUCUUGAAUGUUCUCCAAGUUGUGAAUGUUAAGUGAGGAUUUGCUCAAUCAGUACCCAGGCCUUCUACCACAGGGGAAGAAGGAACUCCUUUCUUUGCUUGAAUUUCUCUUCCAGCUCUACUUAUUAGAGAACCUACAAUGCUAUGAGAGUCUAGAACACUGUUUUUCGCUUCCUGGACUCUGGCCUAUUAAAAGAAGGUGUUACAACAAGUGUGCAAGCCUGUUUGCUUUUAAUUGUUUGCCAAUUAAUUUUAUGGGAAGGAGGGCAACGAAGGUAGAGAAAGCAGUCUGAAGAAAGUGUACACGAAGAGCUCAAAAAUAACUCUUGGGAAAGAGAAUAAUAAAACCCAACUGUAUUUUUUUCCAGCAUUGCACUCCAAAGGUACAAUUCAGUCAAAAGUAAGCGCUAUAAAAUUGGACUGCUCUCAAUAGAAGAAAUAAGUGUGCAUGUCAAUCUCUCCCAUUGAAAUAAAUGGGGCUUCAAAGUGCUUAGCUGAACAGCUCUUUCCACAGUAUUGCCAGCACAACCUUGGGGAGUAAAACUACUUCUUAUCUCAGUCUUAGUGUAAGGCUGACCCCACUACUAAGUGAUAUCAUUAUUAUGGCACUUAACAGUCACAGCUUCCUUCAAAGAAUUCUGGGAACUGUAGAUUUAUUAGGAAUCUUUAGAUUCCCAUCAUAGAACACCUUUCAGGGGAUGGAAUAGUCGGGUUGGCCAGGGGCAUGGACAACCCCCAGGCAAACGACAGGAAUGUUUCCAGCCUGUCCCUCCCAUCAGCGUGCAGCUCUAGGGAGUUCCGACAGCCUUCCCCGACGAUUUAUAGUGACUCAAGUCUUGGAGACAUUGAGCACACAUCCAGAGUCCAGCAGAGAUAAAACGCAGUCAGAGCUAGGCUGAGGUUGUGAGCACGAAGCUGCUUUAUUAAGCAUAAGGCAGAACAAAAUUAAACAUGUCUCCUCUCUCUGGUCUUCCUCGGAGAGAAGGCAGAAGUGAAAGCAAAAACAAAUGGAAACAGAGUACAAAACAGUAAAACAUCCGCUCCCGUGAUUCCAGCAGUCGAUGCUGGAAUGCAUAACACAGACAUGUGAUGAACCAAUCCUAAACAAUAUCUGCAAAGUGAGAGGAAUAGAAACCCAACAGGAAUAACUAAUUCAGGUUUGCUGUGUAGACAUGCACAAUGUGCAUUUCCCUGUUUGUGUGAUUCAACCUGCUUGCUAACAGCUUCAGCCAGCAUCUAGUUGAGCUGAUGUGGUUAUAUUGGUUACCCUUUCAUAGCCCAGGUCGCAGACAUUUAAUGCUGUAGAACUCUACUACGUUCAGUAUGACCAAUGGCUUAAUGCAAUGCUAAGGAUGAAGGUGCAGGACAUCCGCAAAUGACUGAAGAAGAAGAUCGUGAUAACUGAAAAGUUAGUUUUUGGUCUGACAGAUCUAAGGAUCUGACUAUAUGCCAGUCUCAUUCAGUUAGUAUUCACUUGGCUAAGAAGGAUUGUGUCAAUGUGGUUGAGCUGUGAUGAUCAAAGCUGCUCAUCUUUCCCCAGGAGAAGCUGUACAUUUAGCUCGGGAUUUUGGAUACAUCUGUGAAACUGAGUUCCCAGCCAAAGCUGUUUCUGAGUACCUGAAUAGACAGCACACAGACCCUACUGAUCUCCACUCCAGGAAGAAUAUGCUGCUUGCCACAAAGUGAGUAGGAAUAACCCUAUAAUAUACUUUGCUUUCAACAUUCUGGCCCUGAAACUGAUAGCUUCAUGUUGAUACUUUAGCAGGUUGUUUUUGUGGGAUCAGUAGAUCUUAAAUUACAAAACAGAUCACACUGUCACAACUUUUGCUCCCUGUGGAUUUUAUCCCCUUGGUAUAAUUUUCAGAUUAACAGAUACGUUGUGGUAGUGUUCACAUAUCAAGCUCAGUUCAGAUUUGCCUACUGCUGGGUUAUUUAUUACAUUUGAUAUAUUGCUUUCCCUCCAAAGAGCUCCAAGUGGCUUAUAUAUGGUAUCCAGGAGGUCUCUCAUUCAGGAAGCACCCAAGGUGGAGCAAUAUUUUAUGUUACAGCAAACUAGUAGCGAAGUAUCAGCAUGAAGGCAUCCCCUCCAAAACAUGAAAGGUGGUGUGGCCAGGACUCUGGGAACAUGGUCUCCCUUUCAUUAUUAGAAUCCUACUGGGGUUGAAGGCUUGAAUAGGAAGGCUCUUGUGACUUAAUGAGCAUGUGUAUUGUAUACAGUACCAUGUGGGCUCAUGAAGACAUCUGAAGGCAGCCCAGUAUUGGGAAGCUUUUAAAGUCUGCUGUUUUUUCAUGUUCAUUCAUAUUCUGUUGGAAGUCACUCAGAGUGGCUGGGGCAACCUGGUCAGAUGAGCGGGAUACAAUCAACAAACACAAACAAACAAACAAACAAACAAUUUUCUGUAAUACAAUCCAAAUGUAUUGUAGGGUUUUGUUUGCUUAGACAUUCUUUUCCAUUCUAAAGUGGUUGGCUGAGGUGCUCUAGUGUUGGCCGGGGGUGGAGGUGGAAGGAAGGCACAAAGCCAGUCAGAAGGGUCUCUAUAGUAGCAAUUGACUGACUUUCUCCGGUUCUAGAUAGAAGCAGGGUUUUCACAAACCAGAGGAAUUAAGGGAGAGUCAGAAUGAACAAAAAGGUAAAACCGGAAAAGCAAAAAGCUGCAGAAGAGAGGUUCCUAAGACCAGGAGCACCCUAUUAAUGUGAAAUAACCAGCAACAUCUGUGCCUUCAGGUUUAUAGGUUUAUAGUAUAUUUGCAUUAUGGAAGCUAUCAACAUUCAAAACAGUUGGCCACAGGCUCAUUGCAAUGCAUCAGACAACUUUUUCUGUUUGUGUUUUGUUUAAGAAGGUUGUGUGGAUUGAUUAAAGUAGCGUGGAUAAAAUUGUACAUAGUGAGUUGCUGCAUGCAGAUGUGUCUCUCUUGAAGGCAGCUUCUGUGAUUUGAAAAGAUGUUUUCGUGUGGAAGCCAUAUUUUGGUUUUGGUUAGUGUUGUCUGCGGCUGUUAGAACUGACAUUAAAUCCAGCGUGUUUUUCCUUGACCCCCCCCUCCCCAGUUCUGAUCUUUAGCGUAUUUACUUUAGCGUAUUUACUUUGACUUCAGGGGAGAUAAUAUAUGAUAUACACAAAACUUGAAAGGUCCAGAUGUGAAGCCCUUUCAACUGGAUAGCUCAGUUGGUUAGAUGGUGGUGCAGGUUCAAGCAGGGGGUUGGACUAGAUGAUCCUCAGGGUCCCUACCAACUCAACAAUUCUAUGAUUCUACCCCCAAGUGCUGUAUACCGUAAAUGUUUACCUUCUGAGGACUUGACUUUGUGAAUCGACACAGUUGGUCUUCCAUAUUUAACAAUCAAUUUCAGGCAACACAACAUUUUGACAGAUGGUAUCAUUUCCCGUUCAUCCCACCCCCAGAAAUACAUGGAAAACCAAUUCCAGUGGGCCUUCCCCACACAUGCUUAUGAAAUCACUUCCAAAAGUCAUACUAUUUACCCCUGAAUUCUCAAUGGGUGUUAAAUACAGUAUUCUCUGUGCUAAUUUGCAAUUUCUUUAACAACCCACCUGUACUUCCGUAUUCCUUGGGCUCUAAUAAUUCAAAUCUUCAAUUCUGUGAGUGGAUUUAUCUCUACAGUGGUUGUGUAGCUGUUGCUUUGCUUAAUUUCCCCCUCCUGAUGUGGUCCAAAAUAACAAAAAAAAAAUCAAUUAAUAUUUUUGCAAUAGCUUCAAUGAGAUUUGAUUCCUGUGCUUCCAAAUUUCUUCCGAGUGACUCUGCUGUUAUCUGCAUGUGUACAUUUUCCCAUUUCAUCUGUGCUCAGAUAUAGUUAAUUCAGGAUGGUGUUGCACAUUCUUGCUGUUUCAUCCUGUUCUGUUUGGUUGCGCAGAUCUGUCCACCUGGAGAUGUGUGUCACUUGCUUCUUUGGAAUUGUGAUACUGUUAACUGGGUGGGCCUAGUAGUUGUGUGUUGUUGUUUAGUCGUUUAGUCGUGUCCAACUCUUUGUGGCCCCAUGGACCAGAGCACGCCAGGCACUUCUGUCUUCCACUGCCUCCCGCAGUGGAAGACAGUAGUUGUGUAGCCAUGGUGAAAGCGAUUGUGUGAGGGCUAGACACAGUCCUUUUCCUGUGGUGAAAAAACUAAGGACUGACUGUUUCUGUAUCAAUGCGUUAGUCACUUGCUAGUGGCCUCUUCUCUUGCUGUUCUAGAAAUAUGUGUGGGCAAGACGAAAGAUGCCAAAAUGUUGCUUUCUUGUCUGAUUGAUAUUUGGGUUAGAAGGAAACAAAUAAUUGGCCAGACACAGUUUCUGCAUCCAGGCAUUGUCAGAUCCAUGUGGAUGGGGGAUAAAAGUUGAAGAUGGUGCCAGCCAUGAGUUUUGUGUAUAGGGUUCCUACAGUGGUUACUUCCUACAAUGGUGGGGAAGCUGUGGCCCUCCAAAUGUUGGACUCAAGCUUCCAUGAGUCCCUGCUAGAAUGGCCAAUGGUUGGGGAUCAUGGGAGACAUAGUCCAGCAACAUCUAGAGGGUUACAAGUUCCCCAGCUGUGCUCUAGAAACUAUGCUGCACUCAGAGCAACUGCUCUAGAAAACCCACGGCAAUGCGAAUACCAGGGACGUCCCUUCUUGUCACUGUAAGAGGCUGAGCUGAUGACAUUAAGGUCCAGGUGCAGUAUAGUGUGGACAAGGAUGUGUCCUAAGCUUGCCUUCUGGGGUUUUGGCCUUGAUGAAGGAGCUGGCAUUGGAAGUGAAAUACACCAUUCAGCUCACACUUAUUGCAUGGCUGCAAGGUUGCUUAAUGGUGUGGGAGGAAACGUCAGUUUAGAAAUGUCAGUUGUGAUGGAUCAAAUGGUAAAACUGCAUUACCAUUCUCAUGCCAACAGAUGAAAUGCACUCGUUGCAUUAAUUUUUGCAAAAUUGGUUUGCCAAAAUUGGCAUAACGUGACUCCCUUCUUUCUCAACCCAUCUUUCCCUAUGAAGGGUGACCUUGGGCCUAACCCCCUGUCAGCAGAAAAUUCUUAAGUUGAUUUCCAUAGGAUUCUUGGCUAUCCAUCCAAGAUGACAAAAAAUAAAUUUCACCCCACGCCUUCCAAUGUUUACUGUUAAUCAUCCAUAUAUCUGACACUUUUACAGCAGCAGCUUGGGGGGCAGCAGGGGGGUGGAAUAUUAAAUCUGCUGCUAUAUUUAGAUGUCUCUCUCUAGCUCAUUGAAACUUUUACAAUAGCUUUUCUAUUUGUUUGAUUUAUGCCUCCCUUUGGCUCCUGUGCCAUAUUGUUUGGUGUUUUAUGGCAGGCUUAGGCCUUUGGUAGUGUAGGGCUGCCUGUUUCCCCCCCACACGUUCUUUCUUGCAGGCAGGCCUCAAACAGAUCUCAUUUAUUUCGUGCCCUAGGAUGUGGCUUUCUCCGUUGACAGCGUAAUUUAAAGAAAUAUAUGGAUGGCUGAAAAAUCAUUUGCUCAAAUUUGUCCAGAUGUUUUUUAGACGUGAUUGGAAUUUGAUUGCCCUUUUCCGCAGGGUCAAAAGAUAUUAAUGUCCCAGAACUUUAAUUGCUCACAGAGCCUUUGCUCUUUGAAGAUGGAAAAAUAUUUGGCCUGCAAAUUUGACAUUUCUACUUUUUUCUCCUUUUGUUUCCUAAUGGAUAAGACGCACAUACAAGAACUUUUUCCAUCAUCUGAAACAUUUGAUCUGCUUUCAGUUUCAGGACUGCACAGCUGGACCAUCCUAUUAUAAUAUGGCUCUGUGCCUAACAUAACUACCUGACUACUUCACACCAUUUAUGUCUCAUUGUGAACUCUUAUCUCAUUUGUCAUGAAUUUGGGGCAAAUGUUUUUUGUUUAAUCAUACAACAUUUCUUGGCUUAGCAACGCUAAGAAAUUUGUGUUAGCAACAGACUUUUUUGUGAAUGGCUGCUGUCAAUUACCACAAUCUGUAUUUUCUGCAUUUCCCCCCUUUUGACAUGAAUGUUUACAGUUCCACUCCACCACUCCACUUGUGUAUGUAUACUUCAGGGUAACCCUUCAUGCAUCUGGUGAAGUGGACUGGUGCCCAUAAAACCUUUUCCCGUGAUGAAUUUAUUAGUUUUAAAGUGCCACAAGACUUGCUGUUCAUCUUGUUCUGUUUAGAAGGUCAAUAUGUAUUCAGCACUCUUGCACCUUAUUUCUAACCAUUUGUAUGAUAAAUAGAUUUGGGUGAAAUCCAUGGGCUUUAAAGGAUCAUGGUGUGGGAAUGUUAAGGAAGGUCGGAGAGGAUAUAUUGUUUUGAUAUUAUCCCUCCUCACUCACACUAGUGAGUAAACAGCAGAGCACAUUCCCUUUGCAACUUAUUGGAAGCAAAUUGAUGAUUCGUUAGAAUCCUUUAAUUAAGCACUCCAGUCUGGUUUGUCCAGUCUGGAUUGUUCCUGGUAAGUUUCUCCUCUUAAAAUAAUAAUAACACAUCCCAGUCUUCUUUAAAAGUAAGAAUAAAGUGUUACUCACAUUCAGUUCACAGCAGUAAUCCAAAGGCAGACUUUAUCAUGUGGUUACAGUGAAAAGAAGUCUGAGCUGCAUAUCAGACUUUCUGCUUGUGGGCUCCAUCCUAUGUGAAGGUUGAGCCAUGCACUGGCUAAGAGCCAGAAGAGCAAAAGUCCAAGAGUAAGAGUAAGAGAGUACAAGUCCAAGAGAGAGAUGGUUGCGUAGCCAGCCCUUUUAUCUGGUCAGCUAGGGCCCUGCCCACCUGCCUGGUCACACACAGGGGAGGAGAAUCCAGAGCAGGUAUGACAGGAAGUCCUUCUUGUCUGGAGCCACAUUCCUCUGUGUGUCCAUUCCAGGCAACAGGAAAAUAUGGAACUUGACUGCUCUAGCAAUAAUACAUCCCACACAUGGUACCCUGCCUCAGUAAAUAAGUUAGAUGGGCUUUCAUUCCAGAUUGUAGAUUGCAUCCAUUUGUCUGCUUUAAUCAAACAUGUGUCAUAUAUUCGCUAGCUGCAUUGCAUUUAGAAAAAGGGUUUAACUUUACUUGUCACACACUUUGCUACUGUACCUGAAGUGGAGCUUUGUCAGUGGAAUGUUAAUGAGCAAAAAGGGCUGGUAUUCAUCCUCCAGGCCCCAAUGUGGCCAAAUAGUGGUGUAUAGAAAGGCAAGGUUGUAAACAUCUGUGUGCCUACCUAUCUGCUAGUGGAGUCUUAGAAACAGGGGAUGGAAACUAACGUUGUAAUUUCCGCAGAGGUGAGGAUUUUUUUCUCCUAUAUAACAAAUAAAUUAAUAAAUAAAAUGUGCCCACCUUUCCAUUAAAGGUAUGGAAACGUAGCACUAUAAAUAAUGUUUUUUCUUGAAUGUUCUUUGGUGGUUUUGGCUUUGGAACAGCAAAAUGAUGACGGUUUUCAGAACAUAUAUUACUACGGCAAAUGCAGCAGACAGUCCAGUUUGAUGAGGGAUUUGUACUCUUGCCCCCCGCCUUGUCACCCCACAUUUGCCAUAUUUUUAUGGGGCUGCUUCCUAUUAUACCAUAGAAGUCUUAUACAAUAGAAGAGCUUACCGUUCUGAACACGUUUAAUUAUCUUCCCAUCAUCUUGCCCAUAACUGAACAAUGAAUAAAAUAUCCCCAUGGUUUUAAAAUCUUUUUUUCAUCAUGUGCUAAAGCAUUCUUCCUGGUUUAUCCUAUUGUGGUUUUUGCUUUCAUGCUCUAUAGUGGUCUGUGGAGUAGCACAUAAUGUUCACCACACUGGACUUCAACUGUGUCCUGAGCUGUGUUGGGCAUUGGGCCGCAUCAGAGUUAGCACUGCUGUUUUACUUAUUUGUGUGUGUUUAGUUUCUCAGAGACAGAAGAAAAAUAGUUGGAGUAGGGAAGAGAGGGAAAGUAAUGAAAGGUAGAUGUGUAGUGUUACAAAUGUAAAAGCAAAAUGUAAAUGUAAAAAGGAAAUGUAAAAGUGUUUCCUGUCAACAGACUGUAACUGAAGCUCACCAGGGAUCUCAGGUUGAUGUACAGUGAUGUUGGAUAUAAAACACCUGUCCCAAGACUCGGGGCCCUUAAAAUAAAGUCUGAGCAAAGUUGUUGAAGCAGCAAAGGUUCAUUAAUUGCUUGCAAGGAUGGGUGUCCAAAGCAGGCACACCCAAAUUCAGCAAAACACAAGUUUAUAUCACCUUCCUUUAAGCGAAAAGUUCCGUCCCCUGUCCUCCACUGGGUUACAGCCUAUCACAACCUCCUAAUUAAAAUACUAAAAUCUCCUCCCCUGUUGACAUCUUCCAUUCCCCUGAAUUCAGGGACCAUUACCCUUAAUUACUUUUGCCAAAAUAAGGAAGCGUGUUCCUAUGCUCUCACACAUCUACCCAAGCAAUAAAGCCACAUCCCGACCAUGCCUUAGGCAUACACAAGUCCUACCCUGCUGAAGUGUCUAGAUAAACCACAUUCUAGCAGCAAGCCACCCUGUUUUCUGGCAUUCUAACCCCAAGCACCCAAGCGAGUCUGCGGUUUUUUAGCUGUUGCAACCUUCUACCCAGGUGUUGCAACUGUUUGAGGCCUUCUGACCUUUUAUGAAAAAGUGACAUUUUCCUUUUCUUACAAUUGACAAUCUUAUUUUCCUCUUCCGACAACCCUAUGAGGUAGAUUAUUAGGCUGAGAAUUCGUGAAUUGUUCAGAAGAAUUCAUGGCUGAGCAACGUUUUGAAUGAGGGUUCUUCACAUGGCAAAUCAAUACUCCAGCAGCGGCAGUGCCACAUUGUCUCUCCUAGCAAGACAUCCUAGAGUACACCACUUGCAUCACAUCCCUCAAGAAUACUUGUACCACUUGGGCUGCUUAUUCAUAAAACGUGCUCACAGGCCCACUGUGAAAUGUGGGCUUGACAGAAUGGGUACUGGUUAUUUCUGCAUUUGUCAAGGCCUUUGAAGAUGUGCCCCCAAAGGCUAGGGCUCUUAAUGUAUUUAUUUUUAUGUGUUCAUUUAGACUCUAGACUGUAGGUUGUAACAACAAUGGUGAAGAAUGACUGCAAUUGUAAAACUAAACAAAAUUUUCAGAUUUCUACUGUGUGUGUGCACACACAGAAGACCUUUGGGGCUUGCUGUGGCAGGUGGCUUAUUUGCGUGUUCAGACCCAGAGAUCUCUCCCCUAAAUAAAGUCACACUUGACUCAAAUUUUAGUUUUGGUUUUUGGCAGAAUUUAGGCCACAACUUUAUUGAUUACAGAAGGUGAGUGGUUGCAUAGGCUCUGGUUCGACUAGCUCCCUGCACACUUGCAGGCAGCGCUGACCCAGGGCACCAGCAUAGGGCAGCCAAGGGUGAACACCUGGGUAGGCGAAAAGCCGGGAACAGACUAUGUUCACCACCCAGAUGCCCCCCUGGACUCAGGCACGGGCACAACCCCCUCUCAGGGGUUGACCAAACCAGUUGAGUCCCUGGAUUCCUUUAACGGAAUACCCUUCUCAUAGGGAUGGCGAGAGCGUUCUCCCAUCCCUAUCACCUGAACCAGAGCCUAUCCGCAACCUUACAAGUUGUGACGAUUUGCUACGUGGCAGGCGAAAACCUAAAUGGCACCAGCCAAUCAGCCAAGUGGGAAAAAUUCCUACUGUGUCCCUGUCCCAAUGACAGAUGACACACAACGGCAUGGCAAGAUCAAUCGCAAAAUUGCCCUGAAAGUAGGGAGAGGUGGGCGGGUGUUCUGAAUGCACAAGCUGAAAGAGGAAGCUCUGGGUCACGUGCAUAGAUAUAUAUAGGUCCCUCAAUCUGUUUGGACUGUGCCCCAUUGGCCAGAUUGAACCCAUCAUCGAGGGACUUACCAAUCGGGUGUUAUGGCUGUCCAAUCUCACUCACCCACAACACAGGAGUUUGGUCUCCAGGUCUCACCGCAACACAUGCCCUCUUUUAGAGAGGACAUGAUUUAUUGAUUUUAUACCACUUAAUAUAUAAGAAUAUCUCUGUGGUGUACAGAAAAUCAAAGCAAAAACAUACAACUUAAGCAUCAACAAAUUUUACAAUAUAAAAAUGUUACCUUGAUACAAAAUUACUAAUAUUAUAAACCAAUGUCAUCUUCUCUCUCAGAUUCCUGGCUCUCACCCUGGGCCCAAACAAACUCAUAUCUCUCCCUCAAAAAUCUCACAAAGGGAAGGUUCCUAGAAACUGCUGCUGGCAUUGCCUAGUCUUUUAGGCUUGUUUUUUAUGGGCAGACCCAAAGUGGAUGAAGCAUCCUCAGGCUGCCCACAACCAUAUCCUUCUCAGCAGCCAGCUGUCCUCUCCACACCCAGUUCUAAGUACAGCAGCUUGAUGAGUUUCCAAGGGUGGGAAAAGGAUGCUUUCCCACUCACCGUUCUUUUUCCAGCCUUUCCCCUCUUCUCCUUCAGCUGCUUUUUAAACUAAGCUUAUAAACUAUGCAAAUUACAAUGCUUCUGAGUUCAAUGGGAGAUGAAUAGCAAUCUAUGAUUGCAGUUCUGAGGUUACAGGGAACCAGGCCUUCUCGGUAGUGGCAGCCGUCCUGUGGAACACCCUCCCACCAGAUGUCAAAGAGAACAACAACUACCAGACUUUUAGAAGACAUAUGAAGGCAGCCCUGUUUAGGGAAGCUUUUAAUGUUUGAUGCAUUACUGUAUUUUAAUAUUUUGUUGGAAGCCACCCAGAGUGCCUGGGGAAGCCCAGCCAGAUGGGCGGGGUAUAAAUAAUAAAUUAUUAUUAUUACUAUGCAUGGCAGCGUGAGUCAGGGUAUGGCGUCAAAAGAGAGUGUCAAAAGAGGUACAUUCAUUUAAAUAUACCUGUGUACUGAAAGCUCCUUAGACUUUGAAGCUUCAGUUCUAAAAAUAAGAGAGGGUGCACACAUACACACUCCAAGUGUAUAUCUGUUUGCUGCCUGCCUCCUUUUUUUCUCCUGGCAUCACAGCAGAUAAUCAUAAAGGGCCAACCAAUAAACAGAACCACAUAAAGGUCUGGUGAGACAGAAUGGAUCCCUGUGAGUUAGACCUGCUAGUGUUCAGCUUCUGUAACCUGUCACCCUCAUGUGCUUCCUUGACUGUAUGCCCAGAAUGCCACACCUGGAGGCAUGCCUGUGACAAUUCUCCCCUCCCCUUUGAACUCUGUCUACCCCUAGAAGAUAUUUCAUGUUAGGUCUUGCAUUACUGGGUUGCCAUGGAAGUAAUUAUAAAUUACUACCUCCCAUUAUAUUAGAUCAGGCAUGUCCAAAGUCCGUUUUGGGGGCCUAAUCCGGCCCACUGGUCAGUUUAAUCUGGCUCCCACAGGCAGUUCAUUUCCGGGGCUCUAAAAAAAAAAAAAGUCAACAACUUUGGAGUAACAUCCUAAAAAGUUUAACAACUUCAAUCCUACUUCUUUGGUCGGCCCUCAUGCAUGUUCACUUCAUCAAAUCUGGCCCUCUUUGAAAAAAGUUUGGGCACCCCUGUGUUAGAUUAACACAGAGAGAGCAACAAAUCCCAAGCUCAGUGUGUGGAUAAGCCCUGUUGUCCCACACAACAAACGUGGUGAUGAGCCCAUGUUUGGGUUUUACCACUUCUGACUGCAGGCCUAGGCUUCCUUCACCUUGGGCAUUUCUGCUCACAAAGGGUUAGCUUGUCAGAAAGAAGGCUAAGUAGAAUGGUUUGCUCCCUAGUUUCCGCACCACCAACAAAUGCACAGAGGACAGUGGGAUUCUGCAACUUGUUGCACUUAAUGUGUAGUCCAUGACCCUUGUGCUAAUUUGAUAAUGCAUUUUUGAAAAGGAUGGGUUGGGAACAGCAAUUAAAACAAUUUGACUUGCUAAGACUUCUCUGCUGGCAUGGUAACUCCAGUUGAGCAGAAUGGAUCAGGUAUGUGAUGUCAUGCGAAGGAAGCAUUGUGAGCUACUGCUCUGCUUCCCUAAGGUUGGUGUUUAUUUCAGAGAUAUGUGGCUAGCUGCUUGGGUUCAUUCCCUGGUCCUUCCCAGUUCAGCUGUGUGUGUGAUAUUUUGACUGGGACAGAUUUGACCAGGAGACAGACUCCUUGCUUACUCCAUUCUAUGAGUUAGUUGAUCUAUAAUGCCUAUGUGGCAACCAUUAUACUUUUUUUUUUUUUUUGCAGACUUUGAAUUUAUUUCGGGCACCUCACCUCCUACCAUGUGGUAGGUUAGCCUUCUUUUGCUCUGACUGCCCUGAAAUUUGAAUGAGAGAUACCACUCAAGCAGUUUAGGAAUGUUUUUAUUGAAUUAGGGAGGUUCACUGUUGCAGACUUUGAGAAUCCCUUGCAUUUUAUGUUGUGAGAUCUAUGGAGGAAGGGAGGUAUACAAAAUUAAAUAAUAAUCAUUGUAAUAGAUAAGAGUAGCUGCUGUAUUCAAACUGCUGCUCAGCCAUGGGCAUAUUGGGUAAACUUGCACAAAUCUGUGUUCCUGAUCUGUAAAAUAAAAACUAUAGUGACUUCCCUCCCUGAGGGUUUGUUUCGAUGAUCAGUCACCCUGAAAAUUCUUCUUCUUCUUCUUCUUCUUCUUCUUCUUCUUCUUCUUCUUCUUCUUCUUCUUCUUCUUCAUCAUCAUGUGUUAAAUCCAUUGUAGCUUAGUACCAUAACCACUGCUCAGCAUGUAUGUGCAUGGCUUGCUUUCUCAAUAAGUUUAAGAAUUUUGAGGAGGGGAGGGAUCAUGUGUAAGGAACAUAUCAGUUCCAGUGCAUGGCUUGAUUUUUCUCACUAAUGUUAUCUUCAGAUGCCUUUCCCGCAGUGCACUGCUAUUCUGCUGGUGGCACACUGGAGAUCAGAUUGAACAGGCUAUUUGAGGAGGGGAGGACUGGUGUGUGAGUGGUGUUGCCUUGAGGAAACUAUUUGACGAAGUUUAUUUUAUUUAAUCCAUUUCAUCACACACCCACACCCACACAUCCAGUCUUUUGCUCUGGGGGCUUUUGGCCCCUUCUAGCAAUGGAUUCCCCUUCUAGCAGAAGCUCUGUGAAAUGUACUGGAGUUGACACAGAGCUCUGGAUCAAAUGGUAUAACUCCAGCACCUGCUAGAAAAUGCUGCACAUUUGAAAGUUCAGGUGAAAUAUUGGCAAUGACACGUGUAAUGAUCACAUACAAUGCAAAAAGGGGGGAAAGAACAAGUCAGUGUUUUGAAAUGACUAUAAAAUGCAGGUGUGUAAAUCCUUCAGGAUAUGUCAGACAGAGGAUAACUGCUGCAAGCAGAAAGCCAGCAGGCAAUAGCUCUUUCCCCUUAGAACAAACAAGCCCCCGAGGACUGGUGUAGCGGAGUGGACUGCGUGUGGGCAUGGAAAGGUCCUGGUUCAGACCCCACAAGGAAUCCUGGGCUUAGCAAUUUCACUUGUUUAUUUGUUGAUAUUAUUGUAUGGUUGGAUGUUUAAGAUGUAAGGCACCUUGGAAAGCCAGCUUAUACAUGUUUCUUUAAACCCAAUCAGUUCCCUGGUAUGCAUGAGGCUCACUGUGGGUGGUGGACAGUCCUGGAUCUCCUGCCUUUUAAUAGAGCCAUUGAGUCUCCCACAAUCUUAAUUUGCCCAGAGACCCUUGGUUUAAUAUAAGCAGCAGUUUUUGCUAACAAACUGCAGGUGGGGUGUAGCAGGCCCAGGACAUCCUUUCUUCACCCCACAGUUUACAGUAAGCCCUGACAGCAAGUUUUUAUUGUACUUUUAUUUAAUCUUUAUUUGUAUUAAUAAGCUGUUUGCUUCUUUGGUGGACUUUGGACCAAAAUGUGGCCCUCUGCAUGUCUGCCUAUAUGUACCUCUAUAGUAUACAUAUAAAUACAUAUGUACCGUAGGUGUUAUGUCUAUGCCAUUGAAUGCCAGUAGCCAGAAAACACAGGUGGAGAGAGUACUGUUGUGCUGAGGUCCUGCUUUAAGUCUUCCCAGGGACAUCUGGUUGACCAUGGUAAGAACAGGAUGCUGGGCUAGAUGGACUUUUGCCUGGUCCAGGAGGGCUUUUUCUUGUAUAUUCUAUGGCAGGGGUGUCCAACAGGCCGGCUGCGAUCUACCUGUCAAUGGCGUGAUGUACCUGGUCGAUACUGGUUGAUCGCAGGACCCUGAUUGUCCUCCAAAGAAAGCUCAACAACUCCGGUCAAUCCAAUGGGUAGAUCACUGCCAGUUUAUUUAUAGUGGGAGUAGAUCACAGUCUCUUGGAAGUUGGACACGCCUGUUCUAUGGAGUCUAAAUAUAUAAAUUAUAAAUAUAUAAAUUAACGCGUGCUGCUUGCAUCAUGGGCCUCUGCCCAGAGCCAUAUUUUAAGCAGUUAAUAAGGCCCCUGUCAGUCUCUCAACCUGGAUUGUUUGAGGUUAAAAUAGGACUCUCCAGCUCCUGAGCUGCUUGGUGGAAGAACAUUUCCCUUACAUGUUGAGAAUUAUUUUUAUAAUUGUAAGGUUGUGCUAAACAUGUCUUACAAAGUGUUGAAAAUGAAAUGGUCUGCUCCUGACCAACCUUGGCUCUUGCCGUCUGCUCUUUGUCUUCCUCCUCUGCAGGCAACUUUGUAAAGAAUUUACGGAUCUCUUGGCCCAGGACAGGACACCCAUUGGCAAUAGCAGGCCCAGCCCCAUUUUGGAACCUGGGAUUCAGAGCUGCUUGACUCACUUCAGCCUCAUCACUCAUGGCUUUGGGUCCCCAGCCAUAUGCGCUGCCCUGACUGCUCUCCAGAACUACCUGACUGAAGCUCUCAAAGGCAUGGACAAGAUGUUCUUGAACAACAACUCUGCUAACAGGCACACUUCUGGGGAAGGACCAGGUAGUAAAACUGGAGACAAGGAAGAGAAGCACAGAAAAUGAAAAAAAACAAAAACAAAAAACAAGGAAGCUAAUGAAAUUAGGGGAAAAAUAAAUAAAAGGAAAAGCAGAGAG